GUUGAAGCUCCUGCUGGAAUCUGAGGUGGCGAUGGGGAACACAGCCACCAAGUUCCGCAAGGCUCUGAUCAAUGGUGACGAGGGUCUGGCCUAUCAGCUGUAUGAGGGUAGCCCCCAGUUUAAAGAGAGUCUGGACCCCAACACCUCGUAUGGCGAACCCUACCAGCAUAACACUCCUCUCCACUACGCCACCAGGCACGCCAUGACACGAAUCAUCAGGUGAGGACAUGACGGAUACAUGCCCCUUUCAAAUAUCUGACCCUCUGGCCCAUCUAACUGUAUGAAGUCAUCUGAAAUUGGGAGUCAAUUAAAUGUGUAAUAACCAGAAAUAUGAAAACUGUGGAAAGAACCUGAAUAAAUAUAUAUUAAUAAUAUAUAUAAUAAUAUGCCAUUUAGCAGACGCUUUUAACCAAAGCGACUUACAGUCAUGCGUGCAUAAAUUCUUUUGUGUAUGGGUGGUCCCGGGGAUCGAACCCACUACCUUGGCAUUACAAGCGCCGUGCUCUACCAGCUGAGCUACAGAGGACCACGACGAAGAAGCUAUAAACGUACGUCCCUCGGUUAUAGCAAGGUUUCCCCACGUGAUUUUAUUUGCCCCCCCAAGUUUUCGGAGCAAAAAAAUAAAAUAAUAUACACUACUGUUCAAAAGUUUGGGGUCACUUAGAAAUGUCCUUGUUUUCGAAAGAAAAGCAAUUUUUUUGUCCACUAAAAUAACAUCAAAUUGAUCAGAAAUACAGUGUAGACAUUGUUCAUGUUGUAAAUGGCGAUUACAGACUCAAAAUGGCCAGAACCAAAUAACUUUAUUCUGAAACUCGUCAGUCUAUUCUUGUUCUGAGAAAUGAAGGCUGUUCCAUGCGAGAAAUUGCCAAGAAACUGAAGAUCUCAUACAACGCUGUGUACUACUCCCUUCACAGAACAGCGCAAACAGGCUCUAACCAGAAUAGAAAGAGGAGUGGGAGGCCCCGGUGCACAACUGAGCAAGAGGACAAAUACAUUAGUGUCUAGUUUGAGAAACAGACGCCUCACAGGUCCUCAACUGGCAGCUUCAUUAAAUAGUACCCACAAAACACCAGUCUCAACGUCAACAGUGAAGAGGCGACUCUCAGCCAUAUCUCAGACUGCCCAUCUUAAUAUUUUGAAGCUGCCAGUUGAGGACCUGUGAGGCAUCUGUUUCUCAAACUAGACAGACCUCCAGGCUGUGUAAGGGCUAUUUUACCAAAAAGGAGAGCGAUGGAGUGCUGCAUCAGAUGACCUGGCCUCCACAAUCCCCCGACCUCAACCCAAUUGAGAUGGUUUGGGAUGAGUCGGACUGCAGAGUGAAGGAAAAGCAGCCAACAAGUGCUCAGCAUAUGUGGGAACUACUUCAAGACUGUUGGAAAAGCAAUCCAGGUGAAGCUAGUUGAGAGAAUGCCAAGAGUGUGCAAAGCUGUCAUCAAGGCAAAGGGUGGCUAUUUGAAGAAUCAAAAAUAAAAAACACUUUUUUGGUUACUUCAUGAUUCGAUAUGUGUUAUUUCAUAGUUUUGAUGUCUUCACUAUUAUUCUACAUUGUAGAUAAUAGUAAAAAUAAAGCAAAACCCUUGGAUGAGUAGGUGUUCUAAAACUUUUAACUGGUAGUGUAUAAAUAUAUUUUUGUUGUUGUUGGUGUUAGAUAUAAAAGACUAGAUGUUGGAACAUUGCUGCAGGGCCUUGCUUCCAUUCAGCCACAAGCAUUAGUGAGGUCGGGCACUGAUGUUGGGCGAUUAGGCCUGGCUCGCAAUCAGUGUUCCAAUUCAUGCCAAAGGUGUUCGAUGGGGUUGAGGUCAGGGCUCUGGCAGGUCAGUCAAGUUCUUCCACACCAAUCUCACAAACCAUUUCUGUAUGGACCUCACUUUGUGCAGGGGGGCAUUGUCAUGCUGAAACAGGAAAGGGCCUUCUUCAAACUGUUGCCACAAAGUUGGAAGCACAGAAUAAUUUAGAAUGUCAUUGUAUGCUGUAGCAUUAAGAUUUCCCUUCACUGGAACUAAGGGGCCUAGCCCGAACCAUGAAAAAUACCAUUAUUCCUCCUCCACCAAACUUUACAGUUGGCACUAUGCAUUAGGGCAGGUAGCGUUCUCCUGGCAUCCACCAAACCCAGAUUAUUAGUCGGACUGCCAGAUGGUGAAGCGUGAUUCAUCACUCCAGAGAACACAUUUCCAAUACUCCAGAGUCCAAUGGCGGCGAGCUUUACACCACUCCAGCCGACGCUUGGCAUUGCGCAUGGUGAUCUUAGGCUUGUGUGCGGCUGCUUGGCCAUGGAAACCCAUUUCAUGAAGCUCCCAACGAACAGUUCUAGGCUGACGUUGAUUCCAAAGGCAGUUUGGAACCCGGUAGUGAGUGUUGCAACCAAGGACAGACAAUUUUUACGCGCUUCAGCACUCGGCGGUCUCAAUCUGUGAGCUUGUGUGGCCUACCACUUUGCGGCUGAGCUAUUGUUGCUCCUAGACGUUUCCACUUAGCAAUAACAGCACUUACAGUUGACCGGGGCAGCUCUAGCAGGGCAGAAAUUUGACGAACUGAAAGGUGGCAUCCUAUGAUGGUGCCACGUUGAAAGUCACUGAGCUCUUCAGUAAGGCCAUUCUACAGCCAAUGUUUGUCUAUGGAGAUUGCAUGGCUGUGUGCUCGAUUUUAUACACCUGUCAGCAACGGGUGUGGCUGAAAUAACUGAAUCCACUAAUUUGAAGUGGUGUCCACAUACCUUUGGCCAUGUCGUCAAAUAUUACAUCCGCUCAAGAAAAAAACGACCGGCGGCUGAAUCUAGUUUAUGAUCCUUGGGUUAUAGCAUAGAUACCCAGGAUGCUCACUGGUGAGUGUUCCCACAGUUUUGUUGUGCAACAUUACGUUUUGACCUGAAGGUCUUCGUCUGGACCCGGCAACAAACAGCUUGUUUGGUUUCACCGCUAAUUCAAUGUAUUACAUUUACAUUUUAGUCAUUUAGCAGACGCUCUUAUCCAGAGCGACUUACAGUUAGUGAGUGCAUACAUUUUUUUUUUUUUUUUUUUUCAUACUGGCCCCCCGUGGGAAUGAAACCCACAACCCUGGCGUUGCAAGCGCCAUGCUCUACCAACUGAGCUACACGGGGCCCUGGUUAUUCACAUCCUCUCUGGUUAUUCAUCUAACCGUUUGUUUAACCUUUAUUUAUCCAGCAACAGCAAGUCAGUUGACAAAGUAGUAUUUAGGCUACAGUUAUGACUUGGAAAUUAAAUUCAGUAGAUUUCUAUUAUCCCCAAAGGGCAAAAUGGUGUCAGUGAGUUGCACACAAACGAAGCACAGACAGACAAACAUGCUAUUUAAAAUGUGAUUGAAUUGAGCAGUUAGUUUAAAGAUGACUUGAUGGGGAUGGCUUCCCCUUUAUAUUCAAUGGCUUUUCAAGUGGAGUUAUUCACCACUACCUUUUAGCUGUAUGUAGCCUAUGUGGUAGCAGCUACUCCCCUGCUCUCUGUGUCCAGGAUGGGGAGAGUGUUGUGUGUCUCUGUGGUCCUUCUCAGUGUGCUCUGCCCCAUCUGCCCCUGCUAGGAACCAUCUGUUAGACACACACAGGAAUGCAAAACACCCUGAGACUGAGCUACAAGCCUCCUUCACUCUCUAACACUAUACUUACUAUAGCAGGGCACCAAUUCCUAUAAAGCCAGGGUGGUGUUCAUUAGGCACCAAACAGAAGAAAUCCUACUGAAACAGGAAGUGACUACCUGGACUGCAGGGCUCCACUACUAGCACUAGUCUCUAACACUAGGGCCCUGUUACAAUACUUUAGAAAUGCGUCCUUCCUUCCUUGUUGCAUUGAGCUAAGCACAGAUCUAUAAAUAAUUGGACAGGGUGUAAGCGAAGUUACCACCAUACUACUUCUACCAACCCAGCCAGUUCAGAUAUGUGAUCGUUUCAAAGGAGGAAGGAAGCACGCUAAUAAUUUCUGAAGGAUUCCAACAGGAUGUAGUUCUAUAGCAGGGCACCAGUUUCUAUAAAGGUAGUACUUAGCUCUAUACAUUCUAUGAAGGUUUAAUUGGGCAUGAUAGUCUGUGUGUGUAUUUCUCUAGGGCAACUUGCAGGGAACUACAUUGACCGGAGACACCAUUUUUCCUGCUUCUUCAUCAUACUGUCAUUUACUUAGGAUGUGUCUCAAAUGGCUUCCUAUCCCCUAUGUAGUGCACUGCUUUUGACCAGGGGCCUACAUAUACAGACUUGGUGUUAUUGUCUGGACCUGUCAGAGUAGCUGUGUACUCCUGCUUCAGUACUCUUGAGUUCAUCACACGCUCAGAGGGAAAUCUAUUCUAUGCUGUUAUUGGUAAUCAAUUGUUGGCCAUCAGUACAAGUGGCCGUGGUCCUUUGUAACCUUGUGGUUGGUUUGGCUGUGGACAUGUGGUGUUCUAGACCACAGAGAGGAUAAAUGAGUCAAACUGUUAAAGUCAGAUAAGACUGUUUUUCAUCGUAACAACAGCGGAGUUGACAGUAGCCCCUGGGCUAACCAUUAGUGUAGAGAACAACCAACCAUCGUGUCUGGAAACUGUUCCCACCAGACUACUGCUCUGCUGGCCAUUCCUGCCAAUUCUAUGAAGGCAUCAUUACCCCUCUGUUUGCUUGAAGACAACGUUAAUUUGCUUUGACUCUUGUGCUCCAUAGGCCUACAUGUGCAUUUGCGGGGCACAACAAAAAAGAAACCAAGCCAAGCAUCACGCAGUUCUUCUCCCUAAAUUCCCUUUCCACUCUGUCUCACUCACUCAGUUGCGUUCCAUCCGCUCCCUCUACACACACGUCCUGAGUGCGCACACAAGCUCCCGUUAGUCCUACAGAAAUAAAUGCCUAUUAAAAACGUAUCUAACUGAUUGUAUACACAAGCUACAUUUCUUGCCAAAUGACGACAGUUUUAUCACAAAUUCAAAAUGGACUGGUUGAUUGAAGUAGGGCAAUAUGUGUUCCAACAACGAGCUGCAGUUUUGGAAUAAUUGCUUUCAGUCUGUUAUCCGCUUAGGCUACCUUGCGAACUGCUAGUGCCAUUUAGAAUUGGUUAGCCUAGGGCUAGGCUAUAACCCCCUUAACAUACACAGGUUAGUUAGCCUAGGGCUAGGCUAUAACCACCUUAACAUAGACAGGUUAGUUAGCCUAGGGCUAGGCUAUAACCCCCUUAACAUAGACAGGUUAUUUAGCCUAGGGCUAGGCUAUAACCCCCUUAACAUAGACAGGUUAGUUAGCCUAGGGCUAGGAUAUAACCCCCUUAACAUAGACAGGUUAGUUAGCCUAGUGCUAGGCUAUAACCCCCUUAACAUACACAGGUUAGUUAGCCUAGGGCUAGGCUAUAACCCCCCUAAACAUAGAAAGGUUCUACACUGAAAAUAUGCAAAAACCUUAUUUUGAUAAAUACAGAGCGAAUUUUCAUCAGAAUCAUUAAGCCUUACUCACCAAACAGAUGUUGUGGCCGUAAUUCAUCACCAUGCAGUGUUCAACGUGGAAUAGUCCAUUUAGAAAAUUCCAGAACAGGCAGAAUAAACAAAAUUGAACGUCCUAUAUAUCGAAAAGGUUUGGAACCCUGAAAUUGUUUUUAUUUCAACUUUUCAAAUUUAGCCCUGUUUCAAACAAGGUAAUGCCAUUGCAAAGCCGUAGGCUUCUACAAGCAAGCACCACUGCUGAGGUUACUACCUUUUUGAAGAUUGUGUUCCACAAUAUAAUGUAACUAGUUGAUAUUAUGGUUUCAAUAAGUCAAUCUUAAACGGCACUUGUUUUUUUUAUUGACUGAAUGUGUACAGUGCCUUCAGAAAGUAUUCAUGCCCCUGGACUUAUUCCACAUUUUGUUGUUACAGCCUGAAUUCAAAAUGGAUUCAAUAGAAAUACCCAUCAUGACAGUGAAAACAUGUUUUUGAAAAUUUAUUGAAAAUGAAAACUUAAAUAUCAAAUUUAUUCACACCCCUGAGUCAAUACUUUGUAGAAGCACCCUUUGGCAGAGAUUACAGCUGUGAGUAUUUCUGUCUCUAAGAGCUUUCCACACCUGGAUUGUGCAACAUUUGCCCAUUAUUCUUUUUCAAAAUUCUUCACACUCUGUAAAAUUGGUUGUUGAUCCUUGCUAGACAACCAUUUUCAGGUCUUGCCAUAUACUUUUAAAUAGAUUUAAGUCAAAACUAACUCGGCCACACAGGAACAUUCACUGUCUUCUUGGUAAGCAAUCUCCAGUGUAGAUUUGGCUUUGUGUUUUAGGUUAUUGUCCUGCUGAAAGGUGAAUUUAAUCUCUGUGUCUGGCGGAAAGCAGAGUGAACCAGGUUUUCCUCUAGGAUUUUGCCUGUGAUUAGCUCCAUUGCGUUUCUUUUUCAUCCUGAAAAACUCCUUAGUCCUUAACGAUGACAAGCAUACCCAUAAAAUUAUGCAACCACCACUGUGCUUGAAAAUAUGGAGAGUGGUACUCAAUAAUGUGUUGUAUUGGACUUGCCCCAAACAUAACACUUUGUAUUCAGGACAAAAAGUUAAUUGCUUUGCCACAUUUUUGCAGUAUUACUUUAGUGCCUUGUUGCAAACAGGAUGCAUGUUUUUGAAUAUUUUUUAUUCUGUACAGGCUUCCUUCUUUUCACUCUGUCAAUAAGGUUAGUAUUGUGGAGUAACUACAAUGUUGUUGAUUUAUCCUCAGUUUUCUCCUAUCACAGCCAUUAAACUCUGUAACUGUAACUCGGGACUCCCGAGUGGCGCAGUGGUCUAAAGCACUGCAUCACAGUGCUAGCUGUGUCACUAGAUAUCCUGGUUCGAAUCCAGGCUCUGUCGUAGCCGGCCGCGACCGGGAGACCCAUGGGGUGGCGCACAAUUGGCACAGCGUUGUCCAGGGUAGGGGAGGGAAUGGCUGGCAGGGAUGUAGCUCAGUUGGUAGAGCAUGGCGUUUGCAACGUUUGGUUCGUUUCCCACGGGGGGUAUAAAAAAUAAUGUAUGCACUAACUGUAAGUCGCUCUGGAUAAGAGCGUCUGCUAAAUGACUAAAAUGUAAAUGUAAAAUGUUUUAAAGUCACCAUGGGGCUCAUGGUGAAAUCCCUGAGCGGUUUCCUUCCUCUCCGGCAGCUGAGUUAGGAAGAAUGCCUGUAUCUUUGUAGUGACUGGGUUUAUUGAUACACCAUCCAAAGUGUAAUUAAUAACUUCACCAUGCUCAAAGGUAUAUUCAAUAUCUGCUUUUUUUUUUUUACCCAUCUACUGUACCAGUAGGUACCUUUCUUUGCGAGGCAAUGGAAAAGCUCCCUGGUCUUUGUGGUUGAAUCUGUGCUUGAAAUUGCAACUUAUUGUGGGACUUGUUAAGCAAAGUUUUACUCCUGAGCUUAUUUAGGCUGGCAAUAACAAAGGGGUUGAAUACUUAUUUACUCGAGACAUUUCAGCUUUUCAUUUUUAAUUAAUUUCAAAAAUUCCACUUCGACAUUAUGGGGUAUUGUGUGCAGGCCAGUGACAAAAAAUCUCAGUUAACACAACAAAAUGUGGAAAAAGUCAAGGGGUGUGAAUACUUUCUGAAGGCACUGUAUAUAUGGUGCAAUUUAGCAAUUAUGAAGAGUGAGCAAGGCUGGGAGAUAUUGUUAAUAUGCACAUUAACGUUUGAACAACGUUACCAUGGGAGUGAACGGAGUUGUCAGAACGCUUAAUCCAGGCUCUGUCGUAGCUGGCCGCGACCGGGAGACCCAUGGGGCGGCGCACAAUUGGCCCAGCGUCGUCCAGGGUAGGGGAGGGAAUGGCCGGCAGGGAUGUAGCUCAGUUGGUAGAGCAUGGUGUUUGCAACACCAGGGCUGUGGGUUCAAUUCCCACGGGGGGUAUAAAAAAUAAUGUAUGCACUAACUGUAAGUCGCUCUGGAUAAGAGCGUCUGCUAAAUGACUAAAAUGUAAAAUGUAAAUGUUAAUAAAGUUUGACUUUAUCUGACUGUUUUGUUGACAUUCCCUUUAGCACAGCUCCAUCUAGUGGAUGCAUAACGCAACCCCAGUCAAUCGUUUGACUAUCUUCUAUUCUAUGCGCCUUAUAAUCCGGUGCGCCCUAUAUAUGAAAACAGUUCUAAAAUAAGCCAGUCAUUGAAGGUGCGCCUUAUAAUCCGGUGCGCCUUAUAGUGCGGAAAAUACGGUACAUUCUUUCGUUCUCUCUCCCAUGAACUAUGGUCCAUGACUCAAGCCAUGGUUUCUUUGUCUCUCUCUCUCUCUCUCUCUCUCUCUCUCUCUGACCAUGCUUAUAAUAAUGUCUUGUAAUGCUUGUUAAUGCUUUGUAACUUAAGCUUUAUGCCUUGAAUGUGAAUCCAUUAAUUUGACAAAGUAAUUAAAUACACUUGUAUUUAGAAUUCCAUUCAGACAUUUCUUCAUUGCCUACUACUGUAACUCAAUAGUGUUCUUGCAUAUUGCUAAUUAUCUUUAUGGUGUCAUAAACAUUUUAAUAGGCUAAUUGCUUAGUCUUAUUUCGAGUCUCAUGUGAGGUAUAAAUAGUAUACUGUAUAUACACAUAUCAAAUAUUACUUCACUACAGUAAAAUAGUCUGAUGUACUCACUAAGUACUAGUACUUAAAGGGAUAGUUCGGGGUUUCCCCAGAGUGUGAUGAACUCGUAGAGACCAUUUUUAUGUCACUGCAUCCAGUAUGAAGGAAGUUAGAGGUAGUUUCGCGAGCCAAUGCAAACUAGCGUUAGUGCAUUGACUGGAAGUCUACAGGAACAGCUAGUAUGUUAGCUGUUCCCAUAGACUUCAAGUCAUUGCGCAAACGCUAGUUAUCAAUUUUGCUAACACUACUUCCUUCAACCUGAACGCAGAGACAUAAAAAUGGUUUUCACGAGUUCAUCUGAAUCUGAGCAAGUAGACAUAGGGGCCCCAUUGCCAAAAUCCCGAAGUAUUCCUUUAAGGAUGACUGUGAAAUGUCAAAAGGGUCUUAUUAGUACCAACUAAACCAUGUCCCUUCUUCCUCUUCUCCUCUCCUUCCAGGUCGUUUCUCUUCAGUAAGGACGGCAACCCCAACAAGCGUAACGCUCACAAUGAGACGUCCCUCCAUCUCCUCUGUAUGGGCCCCCAGAUCCUAAUGGGGGAGGGGGCUCUGCAGCCGCGGCUGGCCCGGCCCGAGCUGGACGAGAUGAAGAGGGCCGAGUGUCUCCAGAUCAUCCUGAAAUGGACCGGAGCCAAGCUGGACCAGGGAGAGUAUGAGAACGCUGAUGUCAACGCUACUGAUAACAAGAAGAAUACAUCGCUGCACUACGCAGCCGCCUCAGGGAUGAAGAAGUGUGUAGAGGUGCGAACCCCUAAUCCUUUAGACACUUCCCAUAAGCCCUACCUCAUAGGCACUUCUUCCCUAAAGCCCCUUUCCCUUAGGCCAGGGCUCUCCAACCCUGUUCCAGGAGAACUGCCCUCCUGUAGGUUUUCGCUCCAACCCCAGUUGUAACUAACCUGAUUUCAGUUUAAAAAACAGCUAAUUAUUAGAAUCAUGUGUGGGUUGGAGUGAACCUAUAGGACGGUAGCUCUCCAGGAACAGGGUUGGAGUUAAACCUACAGGAUGGUAGCUCUCCAGGAACAGGGUUGCAGGGAACCUAUAGGAUGGUCGCUCUCCAGAAACAGGGUUGGAGUGAACCUACAGGACGGUAGCUCUCCAGGAACAGGGUUGGAGUGAACCUAUAGGACGGUAUCUCUCCAGGAACAGGGUUGGAGUGAACCUAUAGGAUGGUAGCUCCAGGAACAGGGUUGGAGUGAACCUAUAGGAUGGUAGCUCUCCAGGAACAGGGUUGGAGUUAAACCUAUAGGACGGUAUCUCUCCAGGAACAGGGUUGGAGUGAACCUAUAGGACGGUAGCUCUCCAGGAACAGGGUUGCAGGGAACCUAUAGGACGGUAGCUCUCCAGAAACAGGGUUGGAGUGAACCUACAGGACGGUAGCUCUCCAGGAACAGGGUUGGAGUGAACCUAUAGGACGGUAGCUCUCCAGGAACAGGGUUGGAGUUAAACCUAUAGGACGGUAUCUCUCCAGGAACAGGGUUGGAGUGAACCUAUAGGAUGGUAGCUCCAGGAACAGGGUUGGAGUGAACCUAUAUGAUGGUAGCUCUCCAGGAACAGGGUUGGAGUGAACCUAUAGGACGGUAGCUCUCCAGGAACAGGGUUGCAGGGAACCUAUAGGAUGGUAGCUCUCCAGAAACAGGGUUGGAGUGAACCUACAGGACGGUAUCUCUCCAGGAACAGGGUUGGAGUGAAUCUAUAGGAUGUAGCUUUCCAGGAACAGGGUUGGAGUGAACCUAUAGGAUGGUAGCUCUCCAGGAACAGGGUUGGAGUGAACCUAUAGGACGGUAGCUCUCCAGGAACAGGGUUGCAGGGAACCUAUAGGAUGGUAGCUCUCCAGAAACGGUUGGAGUGAACCUAUAGGAUGGUAGCUCUCCAGGAACAGGGUUGGAGUUAAACCUAUAGGACGGUAUCUCUCCAGGAACAGGGUUGGAGUGAACCUAUAGGAUGGUAGCUCCAGGAACAGGGUUGGAGUGAACCUAUAGGACGGUAUCUCUCCAGGAACAGGGUUGGAGUGAACCUAUAGGAUGGUAGCUCCAGGAACAGGGUUGGAGUGAACCUAUAGGAUGGUAGCUCUCCAGGAACAGGGUUGGAGUUAAACCUAUAGGACGGUAUCUCUCCAGGAACAGGGUUGGAGUGAACCUAUAGGAUGGUAGCUCCAGGAACAGGGUUGGAGUGAACCUAUAGGAUGGUAGCUCUCCAGGAACAGGGUUGGAGUGAACCUAUAGGACGGUAGCUCUCCAGGAACAGGGUUGCAGGGAACCUAUAGGACGGUAGCUCUCCAGAAACAGGGUUGGAGUGAACCUACAGGACGGUAGCUCUCCAGGAACAGGGUUGGAGUGAACCUAUAGGACGGUAGCUCUCCAGGAACAGGGUUGGAGUUAAACCUAUAGGACGGUAUCUCUCCAGGAACAGGGUUGGAGUGAACCUAUAGGAUGGUAGCUCCAGGAACAGGGUUGGAGUGAACCUAUAGGACGGUAGCUCUCCAGAAACAGGGUUGGAGUGAACCUACAGGACGGUAGCUCUCCAGGAACAGGGUUGGAGUGAACCUAUAGGACGGUAGCUCUCCAGGAACAGGGUUGGAUUUAAACCUAUAGGACGGUAUCUCUCCAGGAACAGGGUUGAAGUGAACCUAUAGGAUGGUAGCUCCAGGAACAGGGUUGGAGUGAACCUAUAUGAUGGUAGCUCUCCAGGAACAGGGUUGGAGUGAACCUAUAGGACGGUAGCUCUCCAGGAACAGGGUUGCAGGGAACCUAUAGGAUGGUAGCUCUCCAGAAACAGGGUUGGAGUGAACCUACAGGACGGUAUCUCUCCAGGAACAGGGUUGGAGUGAAUCUAUAGGAUGGUAGCUUUCCAGGAACAGGGUUGGAGUGAACCUAUAGGAUGGUAGCUCUCCAGGAACAGGGUUGGAGUGAACCUAUAGGACGGUAGCUCUCCAGGAACAGGGUUGCAGGGAACCUAUAGGAUGGUAGCUCUCCAGAAACAGGGUUGGAGUGAACCUAUAGGAUGGUAGCUCUCCAGGAACAGGGUUGGAGUUAAACCUAUAGGACGGUAUCUCUCCAGGAACAGGGUUGGAGUGAACCUAUAGGAUGGUAGCUCCAGGAACAGGGUUGGAGUGAACCAAUAUGAUGGUAGCUCUCCAGGAACAGGGUUGGAGUGAACCUAUAGGACGGUAUCUCUCCAGGAACAGGGUUGGAGUGAACCUAUAGGAUGGUAGCUCCAGGAACAGGGUUGGAGUGAAACUAUAGGAUGGUAGCUCUCCAGGAACAGGGUUGGAGUUAAACCUAUAGGACGGUAUCUCUCCAGGAACAGGGUUGGAGUGAACCUAUAGGAUGGUAGCUCCAGGAACAGGGUUGGAGUGAACCUAUAGGAUGGUAGCUCUCCAGGAACAGGGUUGGAGUGAACCUAUAGGACGGUAGCUCUCCAGGAACAGGGUUGCAGGGAACCUAUAGGACGGUAGCUCUCCAGAAACAGGGUUGGAGUGAACCUACAGGACGGUAGCUCUCCAGGAACAGGGUUGGAGUGAACCUAUAGGACGGUAGCUCUCCAGGAACAGGGUUGGAGUUAAACCUAUAGGACGGUAUCUCUCCAGGAACAGGGUUGGAGUGAACCUAUAGGAUGGUAGCUCCAGGAACAGGGUUGGAGUGAACCUAUAUGAUGGUAGCUCUCCAGGAACAGGGUUGGAGUGAACCUAUAGGACGGUAGCUCUCCAGGAACAGGGUUGCAGGGAACCUAUAGGAUGGUAGCUCUCCAGAAACAGGGUUGGAGUGAACCUACAGGACAGUAGCUCUCCAGGAACAGGGUUGGAGUGAAUCUAUAGGAUGGUAGCUUUCCAGGAACAGGGUUGGAGUGAACCUAUAGGACGGUAUCUCUCCAGGAACAGGGUUGGAGUGAACCUAUAGGAUGGUAGCUCCAGGAACAGGGUUGGAGUGAACCUAUAUGAUGGUAGCUCUCCAGGAACAGGGUUGGAGUGAACCUAUAGGACGGUAGCUCUCCAGGAACAGGGUUGCAGGGAACCUAUAGGAUGGUAGCUCUGCAGAAACAGGGUUGGAGUGAACCUAUAUGAUGGUAGCUCUCCAGGAACAGGGUUGGAGUGAACCUAUAGGAUGGUAGCUCUCCAGGAACAGGGUUGGAGUGAACCUAUAGGACGGUAGCUCUCCAGGAACAGGGUUGCAGGGAACCUAUAGGACGGUAACUCUCCAGAAACAGGGUUGGAGUGAACCUACAGGACGGUAGCUCUCCAGGAACAGGGUUGGAGUGAACCUAUAGGACGGUAGCUCUCCAGGAACAGGGUUGGAGUUAAACCUAUAGGACGGUAUCUCUCCAGGAACAGGGUUGGAGUGAACCUAUAGGAUGGUAGCUCCAGGAACAGGGUUGGAGUGAACCUAUAUGAUGGUAGCUCUCCAGGAACAGGGUUGGAGUGAACCUAUAGGACGGUAGCUCUCCAGGAACAGGGUUGCAGGGAACCUAUAGGAUGGUAGCUCUCCAGAAACAGGGUUGGAGUGAACCUAUAGGAUGGUAGCUCUCCAGGAACAGGGUUGGAGUUAAACCUAUAGGACGGUAUCUCUCCAGGAACAGGGUUGGAGUGAACCUAUAGGAUGGUAGCUCCAGGAACAGGGUUGGAGUGAACCUAUAUGAUGGUAGCUCUCCAGGAACAGGGUUGGAGUGAACCUAUAGGACGGUAUCUCUCCAGGAACAGGGUUGGAGUGAACCUAUAGGAUGGUAGCUCCAGGAACAGGGUUGGAGUGAACCUAUAGGAUGGUAGCUCUCCAGGAACAGGGUUGGAGUUAAACCUAUAGGACGGUAUCUCUCCAGGAACAGGGUUGGAGUGAACCUAUAGGAUGGUAGCUCCAGGAACAGGGUUGGAGUGAACCUAUAGGAUGGUAGCUCUCCAGGAACAGGGUUGGAGUGAACCUAUAGGACGGUAGCUCUCCAGGAACAGGGUUGCAGGGAACCUAUAGGACGGUAGCUCUCCAGAAACAGGGUUGGAGUGAACCUACAGGACGGUAGCUCUCCAGGAACAGGGUUGGAGUGAACCUAUAGGACGGUAGCUCUCCAGGAACAGGGUUGGAGUUAAACCUAUAGGACGGUAUCUCUCCAGGAACAGGGUUGGAGUGAACCUAUAGGAUGGUAGCUCCAGGAACAGGGUUGGAGUGAACCUAUAUGAUGGUAGCUCUCCAGGAACAGGGUUGGAGUGAACCUAUAGGACGGUAGCUCUCCAGGAACAGGGUUGCAGGGAACCUAUAGGAUGGUAGCUCUCCAGAAACAGGGUUGGAGUGAACCUACAGGACAGUAGCUCUCCAGGAACAGGGUUGGAGUGAAUCUAUAAGAUGGUAGCUUUCCAGGAACAGGGUUGGAGUGAACCUAUAGGACGGUAUCUCUCCAGGAACAGGGUUGGAGUGAACCUAUAGGAUGGUAGCUCCAGGAACAGGGUUGGAGUGAACCUAUAUGAUGGUAGCUCUCCAGGAACAGGGUUGGAGUGAACCUAUAGGACGGUAGCUCUCCAGGAACAGGGUUGCAGGGAACCUAUAGGAUGGUAGCUCUCCAGAAACAGGGUUGGAGUGAACCUAUAGGAUGGUAGCUCUCCAGGAACAGGGUUGGAGUUAAACCUAUAGGACGGUAUCUCUCCAGUAACAGGGUUGGAGUGAACCUAUAGGAUGGUAGCUCCAGGAACAGGGUUGGAGUGAACCUAUAUGAUGGUAGCUCUCCAGGAACAGGGUUGGAGUGAACCUAUAGGACGGUAGCUCUCCAGGAACAGGGUUGCCGGGAACCUAUAGGAUGGUAGCUCUCCAGGAACAGGGUUGGAGUGAACCUAUAGGACGGUAGCUCUCCAGGAACAGGGUUGCAGGGAACCUAUAGGACGGUAACUCUCCAGAAACAGGGUUGGAGUGAACCUACAGGACGGUAGCUCUCCAGGAACAGGGUUGGAGUGAACCUAUAGGACGGUAGCUCUCCAGGAACAGGUUUGGAGUUAAACCUAUAGGACGGUAUCUCUCCAGGAACAGGGUUGGAGUGAACCUAUAGGAUGGUAGCUCCAGGAACAGGGUUGGAGUGAACCUAUAUGAUGGUAGCUCUCCAGGAACAGGGUUGGAGUGAACCUAUAGGACGGUAGCUCUCCAGGAACAUGGUUGCAGGGAACCUAUAGGAUGGUAGCUCUCCAGAAACAGGGUUGGAGUGAACCUACAGGACGGUAGCUCUCCAGGAACAGGGUUGGAGUGAAUCUAUAGGAUGGUAGCUCCAGGAACAGGGUUGGAAUGAACCUAUAUGAUGGUAGCUCUCCAGGAACAGGGUUGGAGUGAACCUAUAGGACGGUAGCUCUCCAGGAACAGGGUUGCAGGGAACCUAUAGGAUGGUAGCUCUCCAGAAACAGGGUUGGAGUGAACCUAUAUGAUGGUAGCUCUCCAGGAACAGGGUUGGAGUGAACCUAUAGGAUGGUAGCUCUCCAGGAACAGGGUUGGAGUGAACCUAUAGGACGGUAGCUCUCCAGGAACAGGGUUGCAGGGAACCUAUAGGACGGUAACUCUCCAGAAACAGGGUUGGAGUGAACCUACAGGACGGUAGCUCUCCAGGAACAGGGUUGGAGUGAACCUAUAGGACGGUAGCUCUCCAGGAACAGGGUUGGAGUUAAACCUAUAGGACGGUAUCUCUCCAGGAACAGGGUUGGAGUGAAUCUAUAGGAUGGUAGCUUUCCAGGAACAGGGUUGGAGUGAACCUAUAGGAUGGUAGCUCUCCAGAAACAGGGUUGGAGAGCCCUGCCCUAGGCACUUCUGUAGAUCUGAUUUCACAACAAGGAAAAUCUGUCUUGUCGAUUAUCUUCGAACAUCCCAUAUACAGUGGGGAAAAAAAGUAUUUAGUCAGCCACCAAUUGUGCAAGUUCUCCCACUUAAAAAGAUGAGAGAGGCCUGUAAUUUUCAUCAUAGGUACACGUCAACUAUGACAGACAAAUUGAGAUUUUCUUUCUCCAGAAAAUCACAUUGUAGGAUUUUUAAUGAAUUUAUUUGCAAAUUAUGGCGGAAAAUAUGUAUUUGGUCACCUACAAACAAGCAAGAUUUCUGGCUCUCACAGACCUGUAACUUCUUCUUUAAGAGGCUCCUCUGUCCUCCACUCGUUACCUGUAUUAAUGGCACCUGUUUGAACUUAUCAGUAUAAAAGACACCUGUCCACAACCUCAAACAGUCACACUCCAAACUCCACUAUGGCCAAGACCAAAGAGCUGUCAAAGGACACCAGAAACAAAAUUGUAGACCUGCACCAGGCUGGGAAUACUGAAUCUGCAAUAGGUAAGCAGCUUGGUUUGAAGAAAUCAACUUUGGGAGCAAUUAUUAGGCAAUGGAAGACAUACAAGACCACUGAUAAUCUCCCUCGAUCUGGGGCUCCACGCAAGAUCUCACCCCGUGGGGUCAAAAUGAUCACAAGAACGGUGAGCAAAAAUCCCAGAACCACACGGGGGGACCUAGUGAAUGACCUGCAGAGAGCUGGGACCAAAGUAACAAAGCCUACCAUCAGUAACACACUACGCCGCCAGGGACUCAAAUCCUGCAGUGCCAGACGUGUCCCCCUGCUUAAGCCAGUACAUGUCCAGGCCCGUCUGAAGUUUGCUAGAGUGCAUUUGGAUGAUCCAGAAGAGGAUUGGGAGAAUGUCAUAUGGUCAGAUGAAAUCAAAAUAUAACUUUUUGGUAAAAACUCAACUCGUCGUGUUUGGAGGACAAAGAAUGCUGAGUUGCAUCCGAAGAACACCAUACCUACUGUGAAUCAUGGGGGUGGAAACAUCAUGCUUUGGGGCUGUUUUUCUGCAAAGGGACCAGGACGACUGAUCCGUGUAAAGGAAAGAAUGAAUGGGGCCAUGUAUCGUGAGAUUUUGAGUGAAAACCUCCUUCCAUCAGCAAGGGCAUUGAAGAUGAAACGUGGCUGGGUCUUUCAGCAUGACAAUGAUCCCAAACACACCGCCCGGGCAACGAAGGAGUGGCUUCGUAAGAAGCAUUUCAAGGUCCUGGAGUGGCCUAGCCAGUCUCCAGAUCUCAACCCCAUAGAAAAUCUUUGGAGGGAGUUGAAAGUCUGUGUUGCCCAGCGACAGCCCCAAAACAUCACUGCUCUAGAGGAGAUCUGCAUGGAGGAAUGGGCCAAAAUACCAGCAACAGUGUUUGAAAACCUUGUGAAGACUUACAGAAAACGUUUGACCUGUGUCAUUGCCAACAAAGGGUAUAUAACAAAGUAUUGAGAAACUUUUGUUAUUGACCAAAUACUUAUUUUCCACCAUAAUUUGCAAAUAAAUUCAUAAAAAAUCCUACAAUGUGAUUUUCUGGAUUUUUUUUUCUCAUUUUGUCUGUCAUAGUUCACGUGUACCUGUGAUGAAAAUUACAGGCCUCUCUCAUCUUUUUAAGUGGGAGAACUUGCACAAUUGGUGGCUGACUAAAUACUUUUUUCCCCCACUGUACAGGUAACUGCCAAAAUUAAUGAAACACUAAAUGAGGGAUACAAAGUGUAUUGAAAGCAGGUGCUUCCACACAGGUGUGGUUCCUGAGUUAAUUAAGCUAUUAACAUCCCAUCAUGCUUAGGGUCAUGUAUAAAAAUGCUGGGCAGGCCAUUAUUUUGACUACCAUGGCUAUCCCCCCAUAGGAUGACAAUGCCCCCAUCCACAGGACAUGUGUGAUCAUUGAAUGGUUUGAUGAGCAUGAAUACGAUGUAAACCAUAUGCCAUGGCCGUCUGUCACCAGAUCUCAACCCAAUUGUGAGAUUCUGGAGUGGCGCCUGAGACAGUGUUUUCCACCACCAUCAACAAAACACCAAAUUAUGGAAUUUCUCGUGGAAGAAUGGUGUCGCAUCCCUCCAAUAGAGUUCCAGACACUUGUAGAAUCUAUGCCAAGGCUCAUAUGAAGCUGUUCUGGCUCGUGGUGGCCCAACGCUCUAUUAAGACACUUUAUGUUGGUGUUUCUUUAGUUGGCAGUACCUUGAACAGUGACUCUCCUCUGCCUCUAGAUCCUAGUGAAGAGAAACCCACCUGUUUGACUAUUCUCUCUUUCCAAUGAAUGCCAUGUCUCUCCUCUCUCUGUCCUCUUCUAGAUUCUAGUGAAGAGGGAAGCGGACCUGUUUGCAGAGAAUGAGACGUGGACUCCGUGGACUGGCAGAGCAAGCACACAGCUGGCCCUCAGCCUGGAGUCUCAGAUGGUCUUUAGCCUGGCCAAGGGCAUAGAGGCGAGUACCCUUGCUCUGAUCACAGAAGAGUAAGGCUAGAUUAUAGAUAUCUCUACUGUAGAGGAUACUGUAGUGUAUUACCCCACCAUGUCUUCAGUCUGGCCUCAAGAGGGACAUAGAGUGCAGAGUACGUGAUCUGGAACACGAGAUGUAGGCUAGAUACAGAUAUCCCUACUGUAGAGGAUACUGUUGGUAGUUACCCACAUGUCUUCAGCUGGCCCAGGGGACAUAGAGGCAGAGUACGCUGCUCUGGAACACAGAGAUGUAGGCUAGAUACUAGAUAUCCCUACUGUAGAGAGAUACUGUUGUGUAGUUACCCCACCAUGUCUUCAGUCUGGCCUCAGGGGACAUAGAGACAGAGUACGCUGAUCUGGAACACAGAGAUGUAGGCCAGAUACUAGAUAUCCCUACUGUAGAGAGAUACUGUUGUGUAGUUACCCCACCAUGUCUUCAGUCUGGCCUCAGGGGACAUAGAGGCAGAGUACGCUGAUCUGGAACACAGAGAUGUAGGCCAGAUACUAGAUAUCCCUACUGUAGAGAGAUACUGUUGUGUAGUUACCCCACCAUGUCUUCAGUCUGGCCUCAGGGGACAUAGAGGCAGAGUAUGCUGCUCUGGAACACAGAGGAAUUCAGACCCAACCAAGGUCAUCUCCAGUGCAACAUAGCAAAAGGUAUUUUGCAAUACUGGGGACUGUCUUUGAAUACAGUCCAGUGUUGUUGUAGGAAUGCGCUGACCACUUGAACAGCGAGGCGGAACCGUCAGCUGGGCUAUUGGCCACACUACAGAAACAUUAUCACGGUUAUAGUCCCAUGCAUGUGACUGCCCUGUUCUCUCUCUCUCGUUCUCUCUCUCUCUCGCUCUCUCGCUCUCUCGCUCUCUCACGCUCUCUCUCGCUCCCUCUCUCUCACUCUCACUCUCUCUCUCUCUCUCUCUCUCCCUCUCUCUGUCUCUCUCUCCCUCCAGCUAUACGAGGGCCUGAGGCCUCAGGAGCUGCGUCGUCUGAAGGACAUGCUGAUAGUGGAGACAGCAGACAUGCUGCAGGCCCCUCUCUUUACUGCUGAGGCUCUGCUCAGAGCACAUGGUAUGGACUACACACACACACACACACACACACACACACACACACACACACACACACACACACACACACACACACACACACACACACACAGCUAAACUGUUCAGAGCUGAACUGACAUGUGAAUAGGGGACUGAGAGAAGCCUAUAUGAAUAGGGGACUGGGAGAAGCCUAUAUGAAUAGGGGACUGGGAGAAGCCUAUAUGAAUAGGGGACUGGGAGAAGCCUAUAUGAAUAGGGGACUGGGAGAAGCCUAUAUGAAUAGGGGACUGGGAGAAGCCUAUAUGAAUAGGGGACUGGGAGAAGCCUAUAUGAAUAGGGGACUGGGAGAAUCCUAUAUGAAUAGGGGACUGGGAGAAGCCUAUAUGAAUAGGGGACUGGGAGAAGCCUAUAUGAAUAGGGGACUGGGAGAAGCCUAUAUGAAUAGGGGACUGGGAGAAUCCUAUAUGAAUAGGGGACUGGGAGAAGCCUAUAUGAAUAGGGGACUGGGAGAAGCCUAUAUGAAUAGGGGACUGGGAGAAUCCUAUAUGAAUAGGGGACUGAGAGAAUCCUAUAUGAAUAGGGGACUGAGAGAAUCCUAUAUGAAUAGGGGACUGCUAAACUGUUCAGAGCUGAACUGACGUGUGAUAGUAAAGACAUUUGAAUGAUGCUAUUAUUAUUCUGUACUUUAGGGAAUCCCGCUUCAUUUGAUCAGAUACGCUGGUCCCACUCAAUUUUUAUCACUGAGCUAAAUUUCCUUUACAACCAUGUAAGGAAUGUCACUUAUCAAAGCCUUAAGGACAAAGCUCAGGUCUCUCACUUGCUAUAAUGUCCCUCUCGUGUUGUAUUAUAGACAAGGUUUAAUUCUAUGGGAAUAGAGGAAACACCAGAAUGAUCCUGAAGGAGAUCAUAUAGAGGCUGAAGUAUAUGACUGAGGAUGCAUCCCAUAAUGCUUCCCUAUUCCUUAUAUAAAGUGCAUUCGGAAAGUAUUCAGACCCCUUCACUUUUUCCACAUUUUGUUACGUUACAGCCUUAUUCUAAAAUUGAUUAAAUAUUUUUUUCCCCCUCAUCAAUCUACACACAAUAACCCAUAAUGACAAAGCGAAAACACGUUUUUAGACAUUUUUGUAAAUGUAUUAAAAAUAAAAAAACAGAUACAUGAUUUACAUAAGUAUUCAGACCCUUUGCUAUGAGACUCGAAAUUGAGCUCCGGUGCAUCCUGUUUCCAUUGAUCAUCCCUGAGAUGUUUCUACAACUUGAUUGGAGUCCACCUGUGGUAAGUUCAAUUGAUUGGACAUGAUUUGGAAAUGUUUACAUACACCUUAGCCAAAUACAUUUAAAUUCAGUUUUUCACAAUUCCUGACAUUUAAUCCUAGUAAAAAUGUCCUGUUUUAGGUCAGUUAGGAUCACCACUUUAUUUUAAGUAUAUGAAAUGUCAGAAUAAUAGUAGAGAGAGUGAUUUAUUUCAGCUUUUAUUUCUUUCCAUCACAUUUCCAGUGGGUCAGAAGUUUACAUACACUCAAUUAUUAUUUGGUAGCAUUGCCUUUAAAUUGUUUAACUUGGGUCAAACGUUUCGGGUAGCCUUCCACAAGCUUCCCACAAUUAGUUGGGUCAAUUUUGGCCCAUUCUUCCUGACAGAGCUGGUGUAACUGAGUCAGGUUUGUAGGCCUCCUUGCUCGCACACGCUUUUUCAGUUCUGCCCACACAUUUUCUAUAGGAUUGAGGUCAGGGCUUUGUGAUGGCCACUCCAAUACCUUGACUUCGUUGUCCUUAAGCCAUUUUGCCACAACUUUGGAAGUAUGCUUGGGGUCAUUGUCCAUUUGGAAGACCCAUUUGCGACCAAGCUUUAACUUCCUGACUGAUGUCUUGAGAUGUUGCUUCAAUAUAUCCACAUAAUUUUCCUUCCUCAUGAUGCCAUCUAUUUUGUGAAGUGCACCAGUCCCCCCCACAGCAUGAUGCUACCACCCCCGUGCUUCACGGUUGGGAUGGUGUUCUUCGGCUUGCAAGCCUUCCUCUUUUUCCUCCAAACAUAACGAUGGUCAUUAUGGCCAAACAGUUCUAUUUUUGUUUCAUCAGACCAGAGGACAUUUCUCCAAAAAGUACAGUCUUUGUCCCCAUGUGCAGUUGCAAACCAUAGUCUGUCUUUUUUAUGGAGGUUUUGGAGCAGUGGCUUCUUCCUUGCUGAGCGGCCUUUCAGGUUAUGUCGAUAUAAGACUCGUUUUAUUGUGGAUAUAGAUAUUUUUGUACCUGUUUCCUCCAGCAUCUUCACAAGGUCCUUUGCUAUUGUUCUGGGAUUGAUUUGCACUUUUCGCACCAAAGUACGUUCAUCUCUAGGAGACAGAACGCGUCUCCUUCCUGAGCGGUAUGACGGCUGCGUGGUCCCAUGGUGUUUAUACUUGCGUACUAUUGUUUGUACAGAUUAUUGUGGUACCUUAAGGCGUUUGGAAAUUGCUCCCAAGGUUGAACCAGACUUGUGGAUGUCUACACAUUUUUUUUCGGAGGUCUUGGCUGAUUUCCUUUGAUUUUCCCAUGAUGUCAAGCAAAGAGGCACUGAGUUUGAAGGUAGGCCUUGAAAUACAUCCACAGGUACACCUCCAAUUGACUCAAAUGAUGUCAAUUAGCCAAUCAGAAGCUUCUAAAGCCAUAACAUCAUUUUCUGGAAUUUUCCAAGCUGUUUAAAGGCACAGUCAACUUAGUGUAUUUAAACUUCUGACCCACUGGAAUUGUGAUACAGUGAAUUAUAAGUGAAAUAAUCUGUAUGUAAACAAUUGCUGGAAAAAUUACUUGUGUCAUGCAUAAAGUAGAUGUCCUAACCGACUUGCCAAAACUAUAAUUUGUUAACAAGAAGUUUGUGUAGUGGUUGAGGAACGAAUUUUAAUGACUCCAACCUAAGUGUAUGUAAACUUCCGACUUCAACUGUAUAUGGUCCCACAGUUGACAGUGCAUGUCAGAGCAAAAACCAAGCCAUGAGAUCGAAGGAAUUGUCCGUAGAGCUCCGAGACAGGAUUGUGUCGAGGCACAGAUCUGGGGAAGGGUAACAAAACAUUUCUGCAGCAUUGAAGGUCCCCAAGAACACAGUGGCCUCCAUCAUUCUUAAAUGGGAGAAGUUUGGAACCACCAAGACUCUUCCUAGAGCUGGCCUGACAAACUGAGCAAUUGGGGGAGAAGGGCCUUGGUCAGGGAGGUGACCAAGAACCCGAUGGUCACUCUGACAGAGCUCCAGACUUCCUCUGUGGAGAUGGGAGAACCUUACAGAAGGACAACUAUCUCUGCAGCACUCCACCAAUCAGGCCUUUGUGGUAGAGAGGCCAUACGGAAGCCACUUCUCAGUAAAAGGCACAUGGAGUUUGCCAAAAGGCACCUAAAGACUCAUGAGAAACAAGAUUUUCUGGUUUGAUGAAACCAAGAUUGAACUCUUUGGCCUGAAUGCUAGCGUCACGUCUGGAGGAAACCUGGCACCAUCCCUACGGUGAAGCAUGGUGGUGGCAGCAUCAUGCUGUGGGGAUGUUUUUCAGAGGCAGGGACUGGGAGACUAGUCAGGAUCAAGGGAAAGAUGAACGGCGCUAAGUACAGAGAUAUCCUUGAUAAAAACCUGCUCCAGAGCGCUCAGGACCUCAGACUGGGGAGAAGGAUCACCUUCCAACAGGACAACGACUCUAAGCACACAGCCAAGACAACGCAGGAGUGGCUUCGGGACAAGUCUCUGAAUGUCCUUGAGUGGCCCAGCCAGAGCUCAGACUUGAACCCAAUCGAACAUCUCUGGAGAGACCUGAAAAUAGCUGUGCAGCGGCGCUCCCCAUCUAACCUGACAGAGCUUAAGAGGAUCUGCAGAGAAGAAUGGGAGAAACUCCCCAAAUACAGGUGUGACAAGCUUGUAGUGUCAUACCCAAGAAGACUCAAGGCUGUAAUUGCUGCCAAAGGUGCGUCAACAAAGUACUGAGUAAAGGGUCUGAAUACAUGUAAAUGUGAUAUUUCAGUUUUUAAUACAUUUCUAAACAUUUCUAAAAACCAGUUUUUGCUUUGUCUAUAUGGGGUAUUGUGUGUAGAUUGAUAAGCGGAAAAAAACAAUUUAAUCAAUUUUAGAGUAAGGUUGUAAUGUAACAAAAUGUGAAAAAAGUAAAGGGGUCGAAAUACUUGCUGGACAGGACGCCAGUCUAUCGUAGGGCCCAUAGGGCUCUGAGGCAGCUUGCUGGACAGGACGCCAGUCUAUCACAGGGCCCAUAGUGCUCUGAGGCAGCUUGCUAGACAGGACGCCAGUCUAUCAUAGGGCCCAUAGGGCUCUGAGUCAGCUUGCUGGACAGGACGCCAGUCUAUCGUAGGGCCCAUAGGGCUCUGGUUCAAAGAAGUGCACUGUGUAGGGAAUAGGGUGCCAUUCAGACACAUCCAGAGAGUUUCUAAGAAAGGCUGGUUGUGGCUUCUGACUGCAUUAUGUGUCCUGUGGUGCAGAAUAGAAUACCCAGAAACACCAUGAAAGAAAGAUGUUUGAAAUCAGGUUCUUCCCAUUGUCCUCCAGGAGAGGCAGAACAUGUUGUCAUUCUCCUUGUACCUUAGUUUGAAAGAGAGUAGUGAGAGAGAGGAUUAUUUCUCCUUUACAGACAAAAGGCUAGAGUAAAUGAUUUGAGUUUCUUGUAUAAGAAAGGUCUGGUAUGCCCUAAAUUGCAGGUGCUGACCAGAUUGUCUGUUGCUACUGUGCCACAGAUUGGGACCUAGAGAACCUGCUGGAGUAUUUGGUUGAGAGGAUAGCUUUAAGACUGAAAGGGUAUUACCUAACUAGUGUUUUCUAUCUUUCCUGCUAUAGACUGGGACAGAGAGAAGCUGUUGGAGGCCUGGAUGUCUAAUUCUGAGGAGUGCUGCCAGCGGUCUGGGGUCCACAUGCCCAGUGCUCCCCCUAGUGGGUACAACGCCUGGGACACCCUGCCCUCCCCUCGUACCCCCAGGACCACCCGCUCUUCCAUCACCUCCCCCGACGAGAUCAGCCUCACCCCCGGGGACGAUGAUAGAACACUGGUGAGGGCAGGAAGCAUAGAGAAAAGAGGAGACACGCACAUACACACACACAUACACACACACACACACAGAUACAGGCGUAUACACGCACACACACACACACACACACACACACACACUGGUGCUUAUAGAUCAUUCAUCCAGUCAAAGACAGCUCAAUAGUGUGAAGGGGCUUCCCUUCCUAUGUUAUCUCUGGUGAAAUGAAUUUAUUGAAACUGAAAACCUAUUGAAUUCCAAACCUUUCAUGUGUCAGAGACAAGGAAAGGAAGCCCUGAGACAGUAUGACUAAAAUGUAAAUGUAUUGAGACUUACUCCCAGUAUCAUGUCAGAGACAAGGAAAGGAAGCCAUGAGACAGUAUUGAGACUUACUCCCAGUAUCAUGUGUCAGAGACAAGGAAAGGAAGCCAUGAGACAGUAUUGAGACUUACUCCCAGUAUCAUGUCAGAGACAAGGAAAGGAAGCCAUGAGACAGUAUUGAGACUUACUCCCAGUAUCAUGUGUCAGAGACAAGGAAAAAAAGCCAUGAGACAGUAUUGAGACUUACUCCCAGUAUCAUGUGUCAGAGACAAGGAAAGGAAGCCAUGAGACAGUAUUGAGACUUACUCACAGUUUCAUGUGUCAGAGACAAGGAAAGGAAGCCAUGAGACAGUAUUGAGACUUACUCCCAGUAUCAUGUGUCAGAGACAAGGAAAGGAAGCCAUGAGACAGUAUUGAGACUUACUCCCAGUAUCAUGUGUCAGAGACAGUAUUGAGACUUACUCCCAGUAUCAUGUCAGAGACAAGGAAAGGAAGCCAUGAGACAGUAUUGAGACUUACUCCCAGUAUCAUGUGUCAGAGACAAGGAAAGGAAGCAUGAGACAGUAUUGAGACUACUCCCAGUAUCAUGUGUCAGAGACAAGGAAAAAGCCAUGAGACAGUAUUGAGACUUACUCCCAGUAUCAUGUCAGAGACAAGGAAAGGAAGCCUGAACAUAUGAGACUACUCCAGUAUCAUGUGCAGAGACAGUAUGAGACUUACUCCCAGUAUCAUGUCAGAGACAAGGAAAGGAAGCCAUGAGACAGUAUUGAGACUUACUCCCAGUAUCAUGUGUCAGAGACAAGGAAAGGAAGCCAUGAGACAGUAUUGAGACUUACUCCCAGUAUCAUGUCAGAGACAAGGAAAGGAAGCCAUGAGACAGUAUUGAGACUUACUCCCAGUAAUCAUGUGUCAGAGACAAGGAAGGUGAUUGAGACUUACUCCCCGUAUCAUGUCAGAGACAAGGAAAGGAGCCAUGAGACAGUAUUGAGACUUACUCCCAGUUUCAUGUGUCAGAGACAAGGAAAGGAAGCCAUGAGACAGUAUUAUAUUGAGAUUUACUCCCAAUAUCAUGUCAGAGACAAGGAAAGGAAGCCAUGAGACAGUAUUGAGACUACUCCCCUUUGUAUCCAUGUCAGAGACAAGGAAAGGAAGGCCAUGAGGACAGUAUCGAGACUUUACUCCCAGUAUCAUGUCAGAGACAGGAAAUUAAGCCAUGAGACAAUAUGAGACUUCUCGUUUUUCAUGUGUCAGAGACGAGGAAAGGAAGCCAUGAGGACAGUAUUGUAUUGAGAUUUACUCCAGUAUCAGCAGAGACAAGGAAAGGAAAAGCCAUGAGACUGUAUUGAGACUUACUUCCCAGUAUCAUGUUGUCAGAGACAAGGAAAGGAAAGCCAUGAGACAGUAUUGAGACUUACUCCCAGUAUCAUGUGUCAGAGACAAGGAAAGGAAGCCAUGAGACAGUAUUGAGACUUACUCCCAGUAUCAUGUCAGAGACAAGGAAAGGAAGCCAUGAGACAGUAUUGAGACUUACUCCCAGUAUCAUGUGUCAGAGACAAGGAAAGGAAGCCAUGAGACAGUAUUGUAUUGAGACUUACUCCACAUAUCAUGUCAGAGACAAGGAAAGGAAGCCAUGAGACAGUAUUGAGACUUACUCCCAGUAUCAUGUGUCAGAGACAAGGAAAGGAAGCCAUGAGACAGUUAUGAGACUACUCCAGUAUCAUGUCAGAGACAAGGAAAGGAAGCCAUGAGACAGUAUUGAGACUUCUCCAGUUCAUGUUCAGAGACGAGGAAGGAAGCCAUGAGACAAUUGAUUGAGAUUACUCCCAGAUCAUGUCAGAGACAAGGAAGGAAGCCAUGAGACAGUAUUGAGACUUACUCCAGUAUCAUGUCAGAGACAAGGAAAGGAAGCCAUGAGAAGUAUUGAGACUUAUCCCAGUAUCAUGUUCAAAGGCAGAAAGAAGCCAUGAGCAGUAUUGAGACUUACUCCCAGUAUCUGUCAGGAAGGAAAGAAGCCAUGAGACAGUUGAGACUUAUCCAGUUUCAUGUGUCAGUCAAGGAAAGCCAUGAGCAGUAUUUGAGACUUAUCCCAGUAUCAUGUGUCAGAGACAGGAAAGGAAGCCAUGAGACAGUCUGAGACUACUUCCCAUAUAUGGUCAGAGCAAAAAAGCAUGAGACAGUAAUUGAGAUUACUCCAGUAUCAUGUUCAGUAGCAGAUAAGCAUGGACUAUUGAACAUCCAUUAUCAUUCAGAGACAUUGAAGGAAUGCAUGAACAGUAUAUGACUUACUUCCAGUACAUGUGAGUCUCUAUGCCUCAUUGUGUAUGCAUGGUUCUAGACAAUUGAUUUUCUGAGAAAACACACAUUCUCUGUAGAGAAACUGAACUAAUAACAAUUUCUGUCAGACUGAGAUUUGACUUUAUCAGCAAAUCAACUCAGUGGAGGAGUAAACCAGUGAAUAGCUAGGCCAGUCCUCAACCUAACUGUUAGGCUACACACUGUGUUGAUUGACCAAUUCUGUACUCAAGGGUCCUUUCUGAAGGUUUCAGUAGAUGGGAUUACAAGCUGCCUCUUUCAGAGAUCAAUACAGUCAUUGUUGAGUUCCAGUGGGUUCCUCACAGUCCAUUGUUCCUCUUCAGACUGUAGAACAAGGCAGCAGUGUGUGGAGUAGAGGAUGCCUGGGCAAUGCAUUGUGUUUUAUGGAAUAGACAUUUUGUCAAAAGAGAUGAUGAUGAUGAUGAUGGGCUUCAGGAAGAUCUGCUCGGCUGUUCUCCACAUCACAGAUAGUCAAGUUUAAAAAGUGCAUAUGUUAAUAAGAACUUCCUGUACACUGUUACACUGUAGCCAGAUCCUCAAACUUAUCCAAACAGGAUAUUUGUUUUUUCAAAUUGAAUAUGCACUAAACAGAAUCUAUAAUAUUGCCUGUCAUUCUGUCAGUCUUGUGUGUUUUUUCCUGAUGCUCUGACAAUCUAAUCAGCUAUUGCAUGUUUGUUAGUUUUGUCAUUCAUUUUGCUGUAAAGACACUUUGUAAUUCCUGUCAAAAUAUGUGUUUCCUGUCAUUCUCAGUUCUGUGUUGUAUUCUCCCUGUGUCUUUGAAAGAAACGUAUCUAAACAUCUAUUAUGCCUAUGUGGGCUGGGCAUCCUUGAAGAUGAAUGACACUAUAAUAAUACAAUAAAUCAAUCAAUCAAUCUGUAAGCAUCUCAGUUGUGUUCUUCUCCCUGUCUCUCUGACAGUGUGGGAUCUGCAUGUGCCCCAUGUCUAUCUUCGAGGAACCAGUUGACAUGUCAUGUGGUCACGAGUUCUGCCGAGCCUGCUGGGAAGGGUGAGAUUAUUCCUUCCAUAAAACAAGUGCGUCCCAAAUGGCACCCUAUUCCCUACAUAGUGCACUACUUUUGACCAGAGCCCUGUUCAAAAGAAGGGCACUACAUGGGGAAUAGGGUGCCAUUUGAGAUGCAGCCGUUUCUCUGUGGUUUCUUCAUUGAUUUGAACUUAGUUGGUUUUUCAAGGUGUAAGUGUGAUUAAUUGGACAAUAGGGGAAGAUAAACCACUAGUAGGAUACUUAACCUUAAGCGUGUGUCUCUGUCUCUGUGUCUGUCUGUCCGUCUCUCUCUGUCUCUGUCUCUGUGUGUGUGUCAGGUUUCUGAAUCUGAAGAUCCAGGAAGGGGAGGCUCACAACAUCUUCUGCCCGGCGUACGACUGCUUCCAGCUGGUUCCUGUGGAGGUCAUAGAGAGUGUCGUCUCCAGAGAGAUGGACAAGCGCUACCUGCAGUUCGACAUCAAGGUACAUGUAGACGCACAUGCGCGCCACACACACACACAAGGAAGUACACAAGCUACACCAGCAGGCAGGCAAACUGAAAAGGAAGGAAGAUUAUUUAUUUCUCAUUGAAUGUCAAAGCUGUAUUCAGUUAAACAUGUAUUAGUAAGGAGGAGAGGAGACAUCUACUGCUGUCCCUGACCCUGACCAUAUAACUAUGAGACCGUACACACAGUCUCUGGUGGUUUUACAUGGACAACAACAACGGAACUCCUGAUCUAUUCUGAGACUGACCUUAAGACAUGACCUAACCUCUCCCUACCUACCUACAUUGUCAUGGAAACAUCAAGUCUUAUUGGGUGACAUGGAGGCUGUGAUUGGUUGGUAUUUUCUGGGUCAGAGGUUAAUGACUGACAGAGUGAUUGGUUGGGAGGAUUGCAGUUGGACCUGUGGUGCAGUCCAGUUUAUAAAUGAGUCAGGAGUCACGACCCUGGUGGAGAAGACUAAAACAAGUAUAGGUGUAUUCUGGAUGAAAAGGGCCUGUAUUCAUAAAGCCUCUCAGAGUAUCAGCGCUGAUCUAGGAUCAGGUCCAUUCAUUGUAAUCUAAAAGGGGAAACUGAUCCGAGCUCAACACUCCUACUCUGAGAAAACUUUAUGCAUACAGGCCCAGAUCAGAAAUGGUUGUUUUCCUAUUUUUGGUGCUGACCCUAACAGCAGGCGGUGCUGACCCUAACAGUAGGCAGUGCUGACCCUAACAGCAGGCAGUGCUGUAAUGAACCCGCAGUCCUAAGUGGCACAGAUGUUGCAGUUUAGAAAUGUUUCAGUUAUAUUGCAAAACACUGCUCUCUCUUCCUCAGUUCUGUAGCCAAAUAUUGAUACUGUAUUCAUGUGUUUUUAAUUUUUCCUCCCCAGGCGUUUGUGGAGAACAACCCAGCUAUCCGCUGGUGUCCCAAGGCGGGGUGUGAGCGGGCGGUGCGUCUCUCAUCCCAGGGUCCAGGUAGCAGCUCCUCUGACCCCUUCAGUCAACCCCUCCUCAGAGCUCCUGCUGUGGACUGUGGCAAGGGACAUCUCUUCUGCUGGUCAGUUCUACUCUGAUCUUCAUACAUCAGCUUAUAAAGGUUUUUUAGAGAAUUCAUAUAGUCUUCAUAAGCACUACAUAGACUGUGGCAAGGGACACCGUUUCCCUGGUCAGUACUGCUGCUCUGUGUUCCAUAGGGGUCAUUAUAUGUGAUGCACUUGGAACAACAGCUUAUAAAGACUUCAUAGAGCAUUGAUCAAGUCUUCAUAAGCAUUACAUGCAUAGAUCAGGGGCUAUCUAUCGACUGUGGCAGAGAACACCUCUUCUGCUGGUCAGUUCUGCUGUUGUCCACCGGGGCCAUUACAUGUGUUAAAAUGUAAACUAACAACGGCUUAGAAAGGCUUUAUAGAGCAGUACGUAGGCGCUUCACAGAUCAUUCAUAGGCAUUACAUGCUGCGCUGCACUACACAUCUCCUUUGUCAGCUGCUCUUUGUCAAUAGGGAGAACAUACAGAUACUGGCAUAAAUAUACAUUUGUACAUUUGCAUUUUAAAAUGUAAAGAAUGUCUCUGCUGUCAAUACUUUAUUUUCAUGUAGGCUAUGGUGCCCUGCAACAUUCCAUAACAUACUUAGCAUAACUUAUUUAACCACUGUAGUUCUUCUCCUGCUAUUAAUGUCAACUCACCUGUUUCUCCUCAGAGAAUAGGAUUAGAAUCUACAGGUAUACGUUAGGGAUUAGACCUACCUGUACUGUGGCCCUCCCCUCUCUCUCUGUCCCUCGCUAGCUCACAAUGAAAGAUGCAAGUGUUUCUGUUCUCGGAAGUACGGCAGCUAAUCAGUCUCCUCCGUUCCAAAAUGACUGAAUCUCAACACUUCUUCCGCUAGGAAUCGACUCCUUUAUUUCUGCUAAAUGUCUUGGUAUUUAACAAAUUUUAAAGUACCUUUUUAGGAGAGCGUGGUCUGCGCGCAGGCAGAUCGAGAUUAUUUGAUUGACAGUUCUGGUCCCCUAGUGAUGGACGUUAGUCCCGCUUCAGAAACGGCAUUCCUUAACAGACAAGUAAAAUGCCCGUUCAGUCUCCAGAGAAGAUGUACCCUUCCACACAAACAAACAUGCCAUAACCAAGGGUGCUUUCAAGGGUAUAUGACUGCGGCAGAUAACUUUGUUGUCCGGCCCUAGCAGUCAUACAGGAGUAAUAGGACUAUUAUUCUGUGUUGUGAAUUGAUGUGGGAUUUUAUAUUUUCUUAUCAUUUUAACAGAAAAUGUUUAAACGUUAAGAAAAUUGUCAAUUUGUCCCAUCCCUAGUAUACAUGCCACUCUCUUCACACCUGGUUCAGCUUGCCAUGGUUCAGCAGGCCAUCAACCCUUAAGGAAGUUGGCUAAGGAAAUAUAAUGUGUGCUUGCAUGUUUCCAGCAUCCCAUUGUCUCUUUCUGCAUGAGGUUUUUGAAUGUGCGUGUGUGACUGUGUGUGCAUACGUCCCCAUUGCUAUAAGUGUGUGUACACAUUCUCAUCUAGUCUGUGUUCAUAUUGGUCUCUGUGUACUGGGCCUGGCUGGCAUGGGAGCAGGCAGAGAGUGGUACCACCUCUGGCGCUCUACCUUCUGUCCCUACCAACAGGGUUGGGCCGUAUCCAGAUUUUCUUAUCGUGAUACCGUCCUUCUAGCAUCCCGGGAUUUAGGGUAUUACCGACUUAGUACACAAGGGGGCGCCAAAAAAGAAAAGCCCAUUGGGCCGUCUAUUACCAGAAUGCUAACAAAAUUAGCACAAGUAAUAGCGAAUUUGUAAAGAAUUUCAAUGGAGGCUGCUAGCUGAAACAUGCUAAUGAGCACAAAUGAAAAUAAGCGAAUUGCAAAGACGCAUAAAGUUAUACAUAUACAGUGGGGAGAACAAGUAUUUGAUACACUGCCGAUUUUGCAGGUUUUCCUACUUACAAAGCAUGUAGAGGUCUGUAAUAUUUAUCAUAGGUACACUUCAACUGUGAGAGACGGAAUCUAAAACAAAAAUCCAGAAAAUCACAUUGUAUGAUUUUUAAGUAAUUAAUUUGCAUUUUAUUGCAUGACAUAAGUAUUUGAUCACCUACCAACCAGUAAGAAUUCCGGCUCUCACAGACCUGUUCGUUUUUCUUUAAGAAGCCCUCCUGUUCUCCACUCAUUACCUACAUUAACUGCACCUGUUUGAACUCAUUACCUGUAUAAAAGAGACCUGUCCACACACUCAAUCAAACAGACUCCAACCUCUCCACAAUGGCCAAGACCAGAGAGCUGUGUAAGGACAUCAGGGAUAAAAUUGUAGACCUGCACAAGGCUGGGAUGGGCUACAGGACAAUAGACAAGCAGCUUGGUGAGAAGGCAACAACUGUUGGCGCAAUUAUUAGAAAAUGGAAGAAGUUCAAGAUGACGGUCAAUCACCCUCGGUCUGGCGCUCCAUGCAAGAUCUCACCUCGUGGGGCAUCAAUGAUCAUGAGGAAGGUGAGGGAUCAGCCCAGAACUACACGGCAGGACCUGGUCAAUGACCUGAAGAGAGCUGGGACCACAGUCUUAAAGAAAACCAUUAGUAACACACUACGCCGUCAUGGAUUAAAAUCCUGCAGUGCACGCAAGGUCCCCCUGCUCAAGCCAGCGCAUGUCCAGGCCCGUCUGAAGUUUGCCAAUGACCAUCUGGAUGAUCCAGAGGAGGAAUGGGAGAAGGUCAUGUGGUCUGAUGAGACAAAAAUAGAGCUUUUUGGUCUAAACUCCACUCGCCAUGUUUUGGAGGAAGAAGAAGGAUGAGUACAACCCCAAGAACACCAUCCCAACCGUGAAGCAUGGAUGUGGAAACAUCAUUCUUUGGGGAUGCUUUUCUGCAAAGGGGACAGGACGACUGCACCGUAUUGAGGGGAGGAUGGAUGGGGCCAUGUAUCGCGAGAUCUUGGCCAACAACCUCCUUCCCUCAGUAAGAGCAUUGAAGAUGGGUCGUGGCUGGGUCUUCCAGCAUGACAACGACUCGAAACACACAGCCAGGGCAACCAAGGAGUGGCUCCGUAAGAAGCAUCACAAGGUCCUGGAGUGGCCUAGCCAGUCUCCAGACCUGAACCCAAUAGAAAAUCUUUGGAGGGAGCUGAAAGUCCGUAUUGCCCAGCGACAGCCCCGAAACCUGAAGGAUCUGGAGAAGGUCUGUAUGGAGGAGUGGGCCAAAAUCCCUGCUGCAGUGUGUGCAAACCUGGUCAAGAUCUACAGGAAACGUAUGAUCUCUGUAAUUGCAAACAAAGGUUUCUGUACCAAAUAUUAAGUUCUGCUUUUCUGAUGUAUCAAAUACUUAUGUCAUGCAAUAAAAUGCAAAUUAAUUACUUAAAAAUCAUACAAUGUGAUUUCCUGGAUUUUUGUUUUAGAUUCCGUCUCUCACAGUUGAAGUGUACCUAUGAUAGAAAUGACAGACCUCUACAUGCUUUGUAAGUAGGAAAACCUGCAAAAUCGGCAGUGUAUCAAAUACUUGUUCUCCCCACUGUAUAGUAGAGAACCAAUAUGGAUUUUUUGGGGGUCAAGGAGGCAGAUGGCCGAUAUUUUAGGCCGAUAUUCAAUAUCAUUCAAUUAGAAUGCCAGACCCAUGGGGUGGCGCACAAUUGGCCCAGUGUCGUCCAGGGUAGGGGAGGGAAUGGCCGGCAGGGAUGUAGCUCAGUGGGUAGAGCAUGGUGUUUGCAACGCCAGGGUUGUAGGUUCGAUUCCCACGGGAGGCCAGUAUAAAAAAUUAAUAAUGUAUGCACUCACUAACUGUAAGUCGCUCUGGAUAAGAGCGUCUGCUAAAUGACUAAAAUAAAUCAAAUAAAAUAAAUAAAUAGAAAAAUGACAAACUUUCCCAGAAAAAGCCAUGUGUGCAUUAAUACAAACAAUACAUGUGACUUUGUUUUUACCAAUCUAACUACAUAACAACAUAAUGGUAAUAAUGUUAUUUGAAUGGUAAAUCUCUUGAUAAACUGGGUAAAUUAAGAUGGCAUAGUAUUUAUAAAGCCCUUUUUACAACAUCAAUUGGCAGAAAGUGCUUAUACAGAAACCCAGCCAAAAACCUCAAACAGCAAGCAAUGCAGAUGUAGAAGCACGGUGGCUAGGAAAAACUCCCUAGAAAGGCAGGAACCUAGGAAGAAACCUAGAGGAACCAGGCUCUGAGGGGUGGCCAGUCCUCUUCUGGCUGUGCCGGGUGGCGAUUAUAAGAGUACAGGCCAUUCUGGCCAGAUCGUUCUUCAAGAUGUUCAAACGUUCAUAGAUGACCAGCAGGGUCAAAUAAUAGUCACAAUGGUUAUAGAGGGUGCAACAGUUCAGCUCCUUGGGAGUAAAUGUCAGUUGGCUUUUCACAGCCGAGGGUUCAGAGGUCAAGACAGCAUGUGCGGGGAGGGUCAAGAGAGAGGGUGAUAGGGGAUAGUCUAGACAGUAGAUCCGGGACAAGGUAGCAAGGUAGACAAAGUUAUCCCCGGACAGGGCCAACCAGGCAGGAUAUAACCCCACCCACUUUGUCAAGCACAGCCCCCACACAACUAAAGGGAUAUCAACAGGCCACUAACUUACUACCCUGUCAAAGACUCCAGCCACCCUAGUCAUAGACUGUUCUCUUUGCUACCGCACGGCAAGCGGUACCGGAGCGCCAAGUCUAUGACCAAAAGGCUCCUUAACAGCUUCUACCCCCAAACCAUAAGACUGCUGAACAAUUAAUCAAAUGGCCACCCGGAACCCCCCCCCCCUUUGUUUUUACACUUCUGCCACUCGCUGUUUAUUAUCUAUGCAUAGUCACUUUAAGCCUACCUACAUGUUCAAACUACCUCGACUAACCUGUACCCCCGCACAUUGACUCGGUAUCGGUACCCCCUGUAUAUAGCCUCGUUAUUGUUAUUUUAUUGUGUUACUUUUUAUUUUAUUUUUUACUUUAUUUUAUUUAGUCAAUAUUUUCUUAACUCUAUUUCUUCAACUGCAUUGUUGGUUAAGGGCUUGUAAGUAAGCAUUUCACGGUAAGGUCUACACCUGUUGUAUUCUGCUCAUGUGACGAAUAAGAUUUGAUUUGAUUUGAGACGAGGCCGAUUAUAGCCUACGAAGAUCUCCCCAACCGCACGUGCCCAAGGACAGAAAGGAUGGGAGAGCUUGAGCAAUCCAGUGACUCAGCCCCCGUAAUAGGGUCAGAGGGAGAUAAUCCAAGUGGAGAGAGGGGAACUGGCCAGGCAGAGACAGCAAGGGUGGUUCGUCACUCCAGUGCCUUGCCGUUGACCUUCACACCCCUGGGCAACACUACACUCAAUCAUAGCACCUACUGAAGAGAUGAGUCUUCAGUAAAGACUUGUGACCGAGUCUGCGUUUCUCACAUGGAUAGGCAUACCAUUUCAUAAACAUGUAGCUCUAUAGGAGAAAGCCCUGCCUCCAGCUGUUUGCUUAGAAAUUCUAGGAACAAUAAAGAGGCCUGCAUCUUGUGACCGUAGCGUAGGUGUAGGUAUGUACGGCAGGACCAAAUCAGAGAGAUGGAUAGGAGCAAGUCCAUGUAAUACUUUGUAGGUUAGCAGUAAAACCUUGAAAUCAGCCCUAGCCUUAACAGGAAGCCAGUAUCAAAAAUACAUUUAGGAUUGUUUGUAUUCUCCUCAAUCAGGUUGGAAAAGUAGGCUGAUCUGGCAGCAGUAAGGAUAUUGCAUGGUAUCUUUCCAAGCUAGUCGGAAGACUUCCAAUUUGGUGGAGUGCCAUUUCCGUUCCAAUUUUCUGGAAGCUUGCUUCAGGGCUCUGGUAUUUUCUGUAUACAAGGGAGCUGGUUUCUUGUGACACGUUUUUUGUUUUUAGUGGUGCAACUGCAUCCAGGAUUUUACGCAAGGUUACGUUUAGAUCCUUGGUUAGGUGGUUAACUGAUUUUUGUACUCCGACGUCCUUGGGUAGGUGGAGGGAGUGUGGAAGGGCAUCUAGGAAUCUUUUGGUUGUCUGAGAAUUUAUAGCGCAGCUUUUGAUAAUCCUUGGUUGGGGUCAAAGCAAAUUAUUUGUUGCGAUUGCAAACGUAAUAAGAUGGUGGUCCGAUAGUCCAGGAUUAAGUUGAAUCAGGAAAGUUACAACUGGGGUUGAAUUGAAAACCUACAGGAGGGUAGCACUCCAGGACCAGGGUUGGAGAGCCCUGUCCUAUCUGAUAUCUUAGCAACAUGUUUAUCUAGCCAGCUAGCUAGCAUAGUAGCUUAUAUAGCUAGCUAGAUAACACCACAGAUGAAAGGGUUAGAUAUCAUAAUCUUUGAUAGUAGCUUAUAUAGCUAGCUAGAUAACACCACAGAUGAAAGGGUUAGAUAUCAUAAUAUUUGGUAGUUGCUAAUAUAGCUAGCUAGAUAACACCCCAGAGGAAAGGGUUAGUUAUCAUAAUCUUUGAUGGUAGCUAAUAUAGCUAGCUAGAUAACACCACAGAUGAAAGGGUUAGUUAUCAUAAUCUUUGCUAACAGGUCACAUAGCUACUAUAUCUGCUUAGCUAGCUAGCUAGCUUAUUGCAUGCAUGUCCGGGCAUGUCGACACAAGCCUUAUUAUUAGUGAACUAAACUAAUAUUUGCAACAGGAGUUCGAUUUUGGUCACUAGGGCAAUGGGCCUGCUUGGAGAAGACGGGGGAGGAGCAGACGGGCCGAGAACGGAGAAGAGAAAAAAAUGCAAGGAAAUCAAAAGAUAGCAGUGGCAGCUGUACAGAUAACUCAUCCAAAGGGCUUUGACAUCUUAAACACGGCAGAAAGCGAACACAAUAUGAUGCCUUAUUAAUUCAGCCACUUACUUAGAUAACUAGCAAGUCAAAUCUAGGGGUCGCGUUAAUGCAGAAUUCUUUGUUUUUCAUGCAGGAAAAAUAGAUAAAACGCAUAAGAAAUGUCUUGUUGAGUUUUGGAAACGCAGAUGUAAAAUGCUUCUUAUUGUAAUUUCUGCUCAGCAACAGACUGUUGCGCUUCAAUUGCACUUCUCCACUCGGAUGAGAAUUCACACAAACUGGCCUUCUAUCAGCAGACAGCCUCUCCGUGUAGCCAGCUUACUUUUCUGUGGUAAAAUGCAAGAUUAACUUUAAGCAAAACAUUAGGAAAUGUAGCUGGCUACAUUCUUUCUAUGAUAAAUAUUAGAAAUAUGAUGGCUAUGCAUAGUUUUACAAUAAAAAUACUUUUAUUUUUCAUUGUAAGGUCAUUUACUUGUGUGGUUGCCACUCAAAUAGCGUUGCACGUCCCUGAUCACUCUAUUGAAGCAAAAAUACACUGUUGACUUUCAAUAUAAAAUACGAUCCCUGUCAAUACACAGCUGGACUCACCUGCUCCCGCUUUCUCCUGUUGUGCUAUUUACAAACAAACACGAGACUGGCUCAACUGUUCUGGGGAACAACGGUAAGAUUCAUAAUGUAAAAUAAUGUGACGGGUGAAAUGAAGAACGCGAUCUGCUGUAUAUCCUAACGUAUUGCACAAGUUGACUGCAGGGAUUUACUUAAAAAGUAGCUGCAAAUAUAAACGUUUAGUUUCAACGGUAUUGAAAAAGCAUCCCGUGGCUAUUUCCGAAUACCCCGGUAUAUGGUAUAUAUUGUAUACAUCCCAAGCCUACCGACCAACACAACCAUGGCCCAGCCCUGGCCCUGCUCAACAUAUCCCCAGGUUCCCAGUGAUGCCAUGACCCUCCCAAUACAUCCUCACGCAUCAAUGCCCUCUCCUCCUCCACCAGUGAAAAACACUGCUGCUUUCAGCCAUCACCCAGACAAUUAUAAAGUAAUGUUCUUGUCCCUUAUAAUGCAGUUCUGCUGGGGAACAUCAGUGUUAUCAAACACAUAGCAUUUUAAAAAUAUAUAUAUACAGGUAACUGCCAAAAUGUGGUCCUCUGUAGCUCAACUGGUAGAGCACGGCGCUUGUAACGCCAGGGUAGUGGGUUCGAUCCCCGGGACCACCCAUACGUAAAAAUGUAUGCACGCAUGACUGUAAGUCGCUUUGGAUAAAAGCGUCUGCUAAAUGGCAUAUUAUAUUAUUGUUAUAUUAUAUUAUUAUUUAUUAUAUUAUAUUAUUAUUAUAAAAUAAAGGAAACACCAACAUAAAGUGUCUUAAGAGAGCGUUGGGCCACCACGAGCCACCAGAACAGCUUCAAUGCACCUUGGCAUAGAUUCUACAACUGUCUGGAACUCUAUUGGAGGGAUGCGACACCGUUCUUCCACGAGAAAUUCCAUCAUUUGGUUGAUGGUGGUGGAAAAUGCUGUUUCAGGCGCCGCUCCAGAAUCUCCCAUAAGUGUUCAAUUGGGUUGAGAUCUGGUGUCACACACAUACACACAUACACACACACACACACACACACACACACACACACACACACACACACACACACACACACACACACACACACCCUUUAAGCACCCCAUGCUCCUUCGAGACCCCUCUUUCAAAGUCACUGAGAUCUCUUCUAGCCAUGGUAGUCAAAAUAAGGGGCAACUGGGCAUUUUUAUACAUGACCCUAACAUGAUGUGGAAGCACCUGCUUUCAAUAUACUUUGUAUCCCUCAUUUACUCAAGUCUUUUCUUUAUUUUGCCAGUCACCUGUAUAUAUUUAUUCAGGUAAAACAUUUGUAUAUGUAUUUCAAGUUAUUACACAUUUCAUGAUUUAGAAUUUCAGAUUACUUCAUACAAUUACAUACAUUUAGAUGGGUCGGGUACAUUCAAGGUCAAGGACAUUUUUACAUUGUUCAAAGGCAGUGUUUCUCAAUCCUGGUCCAGGGGACCCAACGGGGCGCACCCCCCCAGCCCCACCCCCACACCCCCAGCCCCACCCCCACACACCCCCAGCCCCACCCCCACACACCCAACCCCAGUGAUAUGUUUGACGAUGAGUUGAAUAGAGCUAGGGAUCUCAAAGCAUUUUGAUUCUGCAUUCUAUCCUGUCUAUUCAUUGUCUGUUUGUAAACACAUGCAUCACUUAGAUUAGUGGUAGAAGAAGUAACUGUUCUCUUAUCUUCUUAGAACACAAAGAUGUUCCAUACUGCAUUCUAUGGUCUGCUACUUUCAUGUCUGUGGUAUCUGAGUAAUGCAUGGGUUGUGUUCCCAGACAGAACAUUUAUAGACAAGUGGUAUAAGGAGUAUGACGUGUCUGGAGGGUAAACUCUACUGUCUGUGUCUGUCUGUCUGUCUGAAGUGUUAUCAUAAGUGGGGUAAACCAACACCAUGUCUGUCUGUCUGUCUCCAGGGAGUGCCAGGGAGAAGCCCAUGAACCAUGUGACUGCCAGACAUGGAAGAUGUGGCUGGCUAAAGUUACUGAGAUGAGACCCCAAGAAUGUAAGCACCUCUACUAUUAAUAUAUUCGUUUUCUAAAGAAAACCAGUAUACUUCUUAAUCUGUUGUUGUUGUGCGUCUCAUUCUCUUUCACCUCUGAAGACUGUUGAUACCCCUUCACACACUGUGGCUUCUGGCCUUCUGCAGUUACACAUUACAACAUUCUACCUGUGCCUUUUGACUGAAGCAGAAAUAUUUAUGAGAGCAGUUUAGUCACCCAAACCGCUUACUACUGAGGGAGCCAAAAGCCCAAAUGUUUGUUUCUGUGUGAUGAUAUGAACACGCUGCCUUAACAGAUAUCAAAUAAACUCAAAACAAAUGCAGCUGUAUCAGGUCAGUGCUGCUAGGCUUGAUAUCUAGCAUCCAUUGAUGGACCGUUCAGUUCACGGACUCAAGUCCUUGUCUGUGUCUCAAACACCACCCCUAUUCCCUAUAUAGAGCACUACUACCAGAGCCUAUAUAGUGAAUAGGGCGCAAUUUGGGACUCAGUCCUGCUCACAUCACCACUUCAGAUGCUAGCUACAGACAACACUAGGUUUCAGAUGCUAGCUACAGAUAACACUUAGGUUUUCAAUCAGAUGCAGCGACAAGCCACACUAGGUUUCAUAUGCUACACAGACAACUAGGUUUCAGAUCUUGCUACAGACAACACUAGGUUUCAGAUGCUAGCUACAGAAUAACACUAAGGUUUAGAGCUGCUAUCCAUAAGACAACACUAGGUUUCAGAUGCUAGCUACAGAUAACACUAGGUUUCAGAUGCUAUCUACAGACCAAACACUAGGUUGUUCCGAUACUAUCUACAGAGAACACGAGGUUGCAUGAUGCUAGCUACAGAUAACAGCUAGGUUAAGCAGAAUUGCUAGCCGAUAACAUAGUUCAGAUGCUAAGCUAACAGAUAACACUAGGUUUCAGAUGCUAGCUACAGACAACACUAGGUUUCAGAUGCUAGCUACAGAUAACACUAGGUUUCAGAUGCUAGCUACAGACAACACUAGGUUUCAGAUGCUAGCUACAGAUAACACUAGGUUUCAGAUGCUAGCUACAGACAACACUAGGUUUCAGAUGCUAGCUACAGACAACACUAGGUUUCAGGCAGGAAUAAAAGUAGUUAUUGUUGUGCUUUAAACCAUUCUCCCCAUGUGCUUUUGUUCUGGUUUUAAAAGCUGUCACGGUUCCAUUCUGUUCAGUCAGUGAUUUUCUCAAAUGGCACCCUAUUCCCUACAUAGUGUACUACUUUUGACCAUAACCCCUAUUUGCCCUGGUCUAAAGUAGUGCACUAUAUAGGGAAUAGGGUGCCAUUUGGGAUGCGGCUAGAGAAUAAAGGCGCAGUGUUUCAAAAGCAGUGAUUACCGUCAGCGUGAAUGGGCUAUUAGAGAGAACAAACACACACACACGCUGUAGGUUGUAAGAACACUACCACUUUUUCCUCUCUGACUCCUGAGCUGUGGAAUAUGCCAUGUUCAGUUAGUGGUCUGUUGUGUUGUUGUUUUCUGGGAAGUGGCUGGUGUGAGUGAAGCCUAUGAAGAUGCAGCCAACUGCUUGUGGUUACUCACAAACGCCAAACCCUGCGCCAACUGCAAGUCCCCUAUUCAGAAGAACGAAGGCUGCAACCACAUGCAGUGUGCUAAGGUAGGUAGGCCAUAGUGUCCCAAAUGGCACCUCACUCCCUAUAUAGUGCACUACUUUUGACCAGAGUCUGUGGGCCCUGUUCAGAAGAAGUGCACUAAAUAGGGAAUGGGGUGCCAUUUGGGAGGUCAUCAGAGUUGGGAGGAUAUCAAACUGAGGAAUGUUAUAAUGUUAGAUACGCCAGAGAAUGUAUUUGAGACCUAGAGUUAUCUGGAAAAUGCUGUUUUGCUAUGGUCAGGGAAAGUAGGGCAACUCUGUGAUGGUGUGGAGCUCUAAGGGUCUAAUCAUGUUCAACCCUCUGAAACUCUUUCUCUUUAUAUACAGUGCCUUCAGAAAGCAUUCAUACCUCUUGACUUAUUUCACAUUUUGUUGUGUUACAGCCUGAAUUCAAAAUGGAUUAAAUAUAUAUUUUUCUCACCCAUCUACACACAAUACCCCUUAAUGACAACGUGAAAAUAUGUUUUUAGAAAUAUUUGCAAAUUGAUUGAAAAUGAAAUACAGAAAUAUCUCAUUUACAUACAGUACCAGUCAAACGUUUGGACACACAUACUCAUUCCAGGGUUUUUCUUUAUUUUUACUAUUUUCUACAUUGUAGAAUAAUAGUGAAGACAUCAAAACUAUGAAAUAACACAUAUGGAAUCAUGUAGUAACCAAAAAAGUGUUAAACAAUUCAAAAUAUAUUUUAUAUUUGAGAUUCUUCAAAUAGGAACAUUUUAGUAAGCAACUCCAGUGUAGAUAUGGCCUUGUGUUUUAGGUUAUUGUCAUGCUGAAAGGUGAAUUUGUCUCCCAGUGUCUGUUGGAAAGCAGACUGAACCAGGUUUUCCUCUAGGAUUUUGCCUGUGCUGAGCCGUUGACAAGCAUACCCAUAACAUGAUGCAGCCACCAGUCAGUGAUGUGUUGUGUUGGAUUUGCCCCAAAUAUAACACUUUCUAUUCAGGACAUAAAGGUCAUUUCUUUGCCACAUUUUUGCAGUUUUACUUUAGUGCCUUAAUGCAAACAGGAGGCAUGUUUUGGAAUAUUUUUAUUCUGUACAGGCUUCCUUCUUUUCACUCUGUCAUUUAGGUUAGUAUUGUGGAGUAACUACAAUGUUGUUGAUCCAUCCUGAGUUUUUUCCUAUCACAGCCAUUGAACUCUCUAACUGUUUUGAAGUCACCAUUGGCCUCAUGGUGAAAUCCCUGAGGGGUUUCUUUCCUCUCCGGCAACUGAGUUAGGAAGGACGCCUGUAUCUUUGUAGUGAUUUGUUGUUUUUUCCUUUCUCAAUCCAUUUUAAUUCAGGCCCAUUUUAAUGAUUGAAUAAGUUAGUUGUUAAUGAUAUACCCGCCAUGACACUGAUGACCACCGCUGUAUGAGAAGCAUGUCUCCAACAGCCAUUAAAACAUGUCUCACGUUCAACACAACCAGAAAGGAGAGAAGAGAUGUGUCACUAGCCCUGUGUCACGUCCACCAGUGCUGCUCAUCUGUGGCUGAAGGAGAUGAAUAGGUAUGUUGAGAGUAGAGAGACACGGGCCUUGGGGACUGUCGUCAGCUCUGUACUAGCCUGAGGGCUGUAGUGACAGGCCUGUUGUACUGCAUGAUGUUGUAGGGCUGUGGUGACAGGCCUGUUGUACUACAUGAUGUUGUAGGGCGCUCUCUCGCUCGCUCGCUCCUCCUCCCUCUGUCACUAUAUACUAUAGAUUAUCUUGAGUGUCAUUGAAGUCCUGUCUCCUCAGGACAACAGUGGUUUCAGCUGAUGGCUUUGUGUUUUAGCAGACAGCAAAGCAGUGUUUCUAGUGGGAAUCACCUAGGGCUGAAUAGGAUUGUAAAUCAUGUGGAAAGGUAGUAGUGUUUGGUGGUUUUAACUCUAGUUGGAUAGACCCAGAGGGAUAGAUCUGGAUGCAGUGUGUAAACGGAUGGAGUGACUCCUGGUGGCAGAUCAAAGAACACAUAGAGACCAUUGAUUAGUUUUAAGCCACAGGGGGAAACUCUUGUUGAGUCCGCGUUCCAGCCCCUCUUAGAUUCAGGCCAGCUACUCAGCCACAGACCAUCUUUGGCCGGCUCCCAUAUGAGUCCCUGGCUUUAGCCAUGCAGAGGUUAGGGCCUUGGUAUUUCCUGCUGCUGACUGACUACCUUUAGUAAUGCAGAGGUUAGGGCCUUGGUAUUUCCUGCUGCUGACUGACUACCUUUAGUCAUGCAGAGGUUAGGGCCAUGGUAUUUCCUUCUACCGACUAACUACCUUUAGUCAUGCAGAGGUUAGGGCAUUGGUAUUUCCUGCUGCUGACUGACUACAUUUAGCCAUGCAGAGGUUAGGGCCUUGGUAUUUCCUGCUACUGACUGACUACCUUUAGCCAUGCAGAGGUUAGGGCCUUGGUAUUUCCUGCUACUGACUGACUACCUUUAGCCAUGCAGAGGUUAGGGCCUUGGUAUUUCCUGCUACUGACUGACUACCUUUAGCCAUGCAGAGGUUAGGGCCUUGGUAUUUCCUGCUACUGACUGACUACCUUUAGCCAUGCAGAGGUUAGGGCCUUGGUAUUUCCUGCUGCUGACUGACUACCUUUAGCCAUGCAGAGGUUAGGGCCUUGGUAUUUCCUGCUGCUGACUGACUAGCUUUAGCCAUGCAGAGGUUAGGGCCUUGGUAUUUCCUGCUGCUGACUGACUACCUUUAGCCAUGCAGAGGUUAGGGCCUUGGUAUUUCCUGCUGCUGACUGACUACCUUUAGCCAUGCAGAGGUUAGGGCCUUGGUAUUUCCUGCUUCUGACUGACGACCUUUAGUCAUGCAGAGGUUAGGGCCUUGGUAUUUCCUGCUGCUGACUGACUACCUCCUCUCCCCUCUCUUCCUCCCUGCAGUGUAAGUAUGACUUCUGCUGGAUCUGUCUGGAGGAAUGGAAGAAACACAGCUCGUCUACGGGAGGCUACUACCGCUGUACCCGCUAUGAGGUCAUCAACCAGGUGGAGGAGCAGAAGAAAGACAUGACUGUGGAGGUGGAGUACACACCACACACACACACACACACACACAGAGAACAGACAGACAGACAGACAGACAGACACGGCCGACCGGACAGACUCGCAGACAGACGCCAGGCGGACACACCCGCAGACACACACGCGACACAACAUGCAGAAACACAUGCAGACACACACACAGACAAAACACAGACACAGACACACACACACACAGACACACACACACACACAAAGACAGACACAGACACACCACACACAGGACCUAGACACACACAGACUACACACAGACAUACAUACAUACAUACACACACAGACAGAUACACACACACAUAGACACACACACAACAGACACACACACACGACACACAACCACACAGAACACACAUACAGACACAAACACACACAAAAACACACAACCACACACACACAGACACACAGACACACAUACAGACACAAACACACACACACACACACACACACCACAACACACACAGACAGACACAACACACCACACAGACAACCACACCACACAACUCACAUCACACACACACAGCAUACAACACACACACACAAUACACACAACACACACAUACACACACACACAACACACACACACACACCACACACACACACAACACACACAACAACACACAACACACACAACCACACACACACACAACACACACAACCACCACCCCACACACCACCAACACACAACACAACACAACACCAACAAACACACCAAACACACCACAUCACACAACACACACAACAACAGACAACACACCACAACAACAACACAUACAUACAAACAACAACAUACAACACACACAACACCACACACACACACACACACACAACACAACACACACACAAACACCACACAACACACACACCAAACACACACACACACAGACACAACACCACACCACACAACACACCACACACACACACACACACACACACACACACACCACACACCCACACACACACCACAGACACACACACACACACAUACACACACAGACACACACCACACACAAACACACACAACACACACACACAGACGACCCACAGACCACAAAACACACACACAACACACACACACACACACACACACACAACACCACACUCAGACAACACACACACCAUACACACAACACACACAUAGACACACACACACAGACAGACACACAGACACACACACCACACUACACACACACACACACAUCAUACAUAGACACACAACAUCAACACACAACACAUACCAUGCAAUACAUACACACCACACAACCACACAGACAGACAACAGUACAGACAACAUACAUACAGUACAUACAGCACACACACACACAGACACACAUCCAGGACACAAAACACGCACACAGACACCACACACACACACACACAGACACACACACACACACACAAACACACACACCACACACCACACGCACACACACACCACACGCACACACACACCCUGCUUGCUUGCUUCAGAGAGAAACUCAGUCACAGUCCACCUCCAUCACAGAUGACCAGAGGGUCAUCAACAUGUUGUUAAUGUACUUCUGCAGUACACCUUUAUCCUGUGCUAUAUUCCUGUACUCCACUCACCAAGACCAGCCCUGCCCUGCCAGGGAGAGAUGAGAGACUGGAGGCAAUAAGAAUCAGUGUUUUGUCAUUGCUGGCAGGUACACAUCAGAGCACACUGUGGCUGGAUGAAUUGACGCCCUGUCACCUAUCCCCAUAGGGCUCUGGUUAAAAGUAGUGCACUAUAUAGGGAAUAGGGUGCCAUUUGGAACGCACUGUGAGUCUAGAGACUAGAGCAGGGCUGGGGAAACGUUUUUUCUGGAGGGCCACAUCGGGAUUUAGAAUUUCAACGGAGGGCUCACAGUUUCUUUUUUGACCGAUUUUUGUUUUCUAAAUCAAUUUGCGGGCCAGAAAUAGGGCAGUUAUUUGAAAAUGUAUAGGUCCAUUAUAAUUUCUUCAUACCUUCUAUCUAGUUUUAGAUAGUGGGGUGGAGUGUUUUUUUAACCAUAUUUUUUUAACUCAAACCUCACGCGGGCCGGAUUAAAAGGGCUCGCGGGCCGUAGUUUGCCCAACCCUGGACUAGAGGUAACACUCACUGUCUGACAGGGAACUAUCAGGACACUGAGUUUAGAGACUAGCGGUAACACUCACUGUCUUGUCUUCUUGUCAUUGCAGGCUGAGAAGAAACACAACAGCUUCCAGGAACUGGACCGCUUUAUGCACUACUACACCCGCUUCAAGAACCAUGAACACAGCUACCAGGUAAGAACUGGACCACUUCAAGAACCAUGAACACAGCUACCAGGUAAGAACUGGACCACUUCAAGAACCAUGAACACAGCUACCAGGUAAGAACUGUACCACUUCAGGUACCAUGAACACAGUUACCAGGUAAGAACUGGACCACUUCAAGAACCAUGAACACAGCUACCAGGUAAGAACUGGACCACUUCAGGAACCAUGAACACAGUAACCAGGUAAGAACUGGACCACUUCAAGAACCAUGAACACAGCUACCAGGUAAGAACUGGACCACUUCAGGAACCAUGAACACAGUAACCAGGUAAGAACUGGACCACUUCAAGAACCAUGAACACAGCUACCAGGUAAAAGGGCCCACGGUGCGUUUGUGUAACUCCUAUCAGUUUGUAUUAGUAAGUCCUGGUGUAGCCUGAUACCAGCUCUGUCCAGGUAAGUAGGGCAGAGCUGGGUUUGUUUAACUGUCUUGUAGCAUCAGUACGUCCUGUAGUGGGACGUUACCUUGUCUGUUCUUCUAUCUAGCUGGAGCAGCGUCUACUGAAGACAGCCAAAGACAAGAUGGAACAGCUGAGCAGGGCCUUGAGUGGAAGUAUGUGGAUAUUCCUCGUUUCAAUGUUUUGUUCAGUUGUUUGCAGAUAGCCAUUUCACAUACAGUGGGGAAAAAAAGUAUUUAGUCAGCCACCAAUUGUGCAAGUUCUCCCACUUAAAAAGAUGAGAGAGGCCUGUAAUUUUCAUCAUAGGUACACGUCAACUAUGACAGACAAAAUGAGAUUUUUUUUCCCAGAAAAUCAUAUUGUAGGAUUUUUUAUGAAUUUAUUUGCAAAUAAUGGUGGAAAAUAAGUAUUUGGUCAAUAACAAAAGUUUCUCAAUACUUUGUUAUAUACCCUUUGUUGGCAAUGACACAGGUCAAACGUUUUCUGUAAGUCUUCACAAGGUUUUCACACACUGUUGCUGGUGUUUUGGCCCAUUCCUCCAUGCAGAUCUCCUCUAGAGCAGUGAUGUUUUGGGGCUGUCACUGGGCAACACAGACUUUCAACUCCCUCCAAAGAUUUUCUAUGGGGUUGAGAUCUGGAGACUGGCUAGGCCACUCCAGGACCUUGAAAUGCUUCUUACGAAGCCACUCCUUCGUUGCCCGGGCGGUGUGUUUGGGAUCAUUGUCAUGCUGAAAGACCCAGCCACGUUUCAUCUUCAAUGCCCUUGCUGAUGGAAGGAGGUUUUCACUCAAAAUCUCACGAUACAUGGCCCCAUUCAUUCUUUCCUUUACACGGAUCAGUCGUCCUGGUCCCUUUGCAGAAAAAACAGCCCCAAAGCAUGAUGUUCCCACCCCCAUGCUUCACAGUAGGUAUGGUGUUCUUUGGAUGCAACUCAGCAUUCUUUGUCCUCCAAACACGACGAGUUGAGUUUUUACCAAAAAGUUCUAUUUUGGUUUCAUCUGACCAUAUGAUAUUCUCCCAAUCCUCUUCUGGAUCAUCCAAAUGCACUCUAGCAAACUUCAGACGGGCCUGGACAUGUACUGGCUUAAGCAGGGGGACACGUCUGGCACUGCAGGAUUUGAGUCCCUGGCGGCGUAGUGUGUUACUGAUGGUAGGCUUUGUUACUUUGGUCCCAGCUCUCUGCAGGUCAUUCACUAGGUCCCCCCAUGUGGUUCUGGGAUUUUUGCUCACCGUUCUUGUGAUCAUUUUGACCCCACGGGGUGAGAUCUUGCAUGGAGCCCCAGAUCGAGGGAGAUUAUCAGUGGUCUUGUAUGUCUUCCAUUUCCUAAUAAUUGCUCCCACAGUUGAUUUCUUCAAACCAAGCUGCUUACCUAUUGCAGAUUCAGUCUUCCCAGCCUGGUGCAGGUCUACAAUUUUUUUUCUGGUGUCCUUUGACAGCUCUUUGGUCUUGGCCAUAGUGGAGUUUGGAGUGUGACUGUUUGAGGUUGUGGACAGGUGUCUUUUAUACUGAUAACAAGUUCAAACAGGUGCCAUUAAUACAAGUAACGAGUGGAGGACAGAGGAGCCUCUUAAAGAAGAAGUUACAGGUCUGUGAGAGCCAGAAGUCUUGCAUGUUUGUAGGUGACCAAAUACUUAUUUUCCACCAUAAUUUGCUAAUAAAUUCAUUAAAAAUCCUACAAUGUGAUUUUCUGGAGAGAAAAAAAUCUCAAUUUGUCUGUCAUAGUUGACGUGUACCUAUGAUGAAAAUUACAGGCCUCUCUCAUCUUUUUAAGUCGGAGAACUUGCACAAUUGGUGGCUGACUAAAUACUUUUUUUCCCCCACUGUAAAUAGACCAACACACAGACUGCAAUCUUACAGUGGAGAUGUUUUUAAUUACGCUCUAAAAUACUUAAAUCUAUCACAUUUCUGAAUGUGAUAUGAUGAGUCGGUGUGUGUGAGAGAGGAAUCAUAUUGCAUAUUAAUCUCUCAGGAGAAGGAGGCCCACCUGACACUACGUUCAUUGAAGAUGCGGUUCUGGAGCUUCUGAAAACGCGCCGCAUACUCAAGUGCUCUUACCCCUACGGCUUCUUCCUGGAGACCAAAUCCACCAAGAAAGAGAUUUUUGAACUUAUGCAGGUAGGAACGGAUCUUAGAGAAAGGAAGGUGGUUCACUUCACAGUUCACACCAAUCAUAAAGAACAUUUGAAAUGUUUGGUCAAAAACCUACUUCCUCUCAAACACUGAGGUUUUAAACGUACUUCCUCUCAAACACUGAGGUUUUAAACGUACUUCCUCUCAAACACUGAGGUUUUAAACCUACUUCCUCUGAAACACUGAGGUUUUAAACCUACUUCCUCUGAAACACUGAGGUUUUAAACCUACUUCCUCUCAAACACUGAGGUUUUAAACCUACUUCCUCUCAAACACUGAGGUUUUAAACCUACUUCCUCUCAAACACUGCGGUUUUAAACCUACUUCCUCUCAAACACUGAGGUUUAAAAAAAGAACAGGUGUUGUUGUGAGGAACCCUUUUUACGCUCUUCGUUAAUAUGACUUUCUCACACGGCUGGCCGUAAAAACUAUACAGCUAAGAGAGAUUGUACAAAAUACUUUUCCCUCUACAGUUUGUAGCCUUUUUGACUUGCCUCUUCCUGUCUGUGUGUAGACUGACUUGGAGAUGGUGACCGAGGACCUAGCUCAGAAAGUAAACCGGCCUUACCUCCGAACUCCGCGCCAUAAGAUCAUCCGAGCUGCCUGUUUGGUGCAGCAGAAGAGACAGGAGUUCCUGGCCUCCGUCGCCCGCGGGGUGGCCCCCAGCGACUCCCCAGAGGCCCCUAGACGCAGGUGGGAACCCCUGGCCCCCCCCCCCCCCCCCCCCACAACCCUUACAUUAACCCCUGACCCCUCACAAACUCUUUUAGUCCCCAAUUCAAUCAAUUGCAGAUCAAGGUCACCCCCACUGUGGGUUCACUCAGCAUGUUUUCUUGUGCAGUUGCUGUGUUCUGUUCUCUCUCCACUAAUUGAAGUGUUUUUAAAAAACGUAACAGAAUAACUGCUAUUACAGUUGUACUUUUUGUAUUUCCAGUUUUGGAGGUGGAACGUGGGACUGGGAGUAUUUGGGCUUUGCAUCUCCUGAGGUAAGUAAAUAUCUAGUUAACUAACUGUUGUAGGUAUGAAUAUCUAGCUAAAUGUCAACGACCUCUGUGAAUGUCUAGUUAAUCAGUAUGUGAGUGACUAUUAGAAAGUUAAUAGAGCUACUUAAUACAUCAUGUGACUAUUAGAAAGUUAAUAGAGCUACUUAAUACAUCAUGUGACUAUUAGAAAGUUAAUAGAGCUACUUAAUACAUCAUGUGACUAUUAGAAAGUUAAUAGAGCUACUUAAUACAUCAUGUGACUAUUAGAAUAAGUUUCCAGUUGGUUAAAUGUUGCAUAUGGUUUAAUAACAACAGUGUUCCAGCUAGAAGGUAUAGAUAUGCUGGGAAGUAUAGAGAAGGUAUUGAGAGAUGCAGUAUAUAUACAUUAUUUAAUGAUCUGCUGGAAGGUCUGUUCCAUUAAGAUCUCCCUGAGGAACCUCUCAGUACUGGGAGGAUCAGGGAAUGAUCAGAGCACAGAGAACUGUCUUAAUACAGGAAGCCUGCAGCAGGUAUAACUUACUACUACUGAAGACACAAGUAUCAUUCAGAGAAGCCUGCAGAUCAGAUUCAGUUACUUGUGUUUUUAGAAUAGUAACAUAAAUGAUACUGACACGAAUGUGAAUUUGUGACAGAAUGAUUGGAGAGCAUUCAUUAUUAACACAAGCAGCAGCAAUACUACAGUAGAUGGGUAUAUUCUGUCUGACCAUGUUAUACAGUAGAUGGGUCUAUUCUGUCUGACCAUGUUAUACAGUAGAUGGGUAUAUUCUGUCUGACCAUGUUAUACAGUAGAUGGGUCUAUUCUGUCUGACCAUGUUGUACAGUAGAUGGGUCUAUUCUGUCUGACCAUGUUAUACAGUAGAUGGGGCUAUUCUGUCUGACCAUGUUAUACAGUAGAUGGGUCUAUUCUGUCUGUCCAUGUUUGCCAGGGUUGUGGGUUCGUUUCCCACGGGGGGCCAGUAUGAAAAAAUUAAUGCACUCACUAACUGUAAGUCUGCUAAAUGACUAAAAUGUAAAAUGUAGAUGGGUCUCGUCUGUCUCUUUAAUAGUCAGGGCAGAACAUCUCCUUCUACUCUGGAUGCCAUAUUCGCUUGGAUCGACCCCCCCCCCCUUCCUCCUCUCCUCCUCCUCAUCUCCUCUCCUCUCCUCUCUCAUCUUCCUCAUCUUCCUCUUCCUCCUCCUCUUCUUCAUCUUCCUCCUCCUCAUCUUCAUCUUCCUCCUCCUCAACUUCCUCCUCCUCCUCCUCAUCUUCCUCCUCCUCUUCAUCAUCUUCCUCCUCCUCUUUCCCCCAGGAUACCCAUAAGUCAUCAGUAUUGGAACAUUGCAUAUAAGAUGAAGAUGCGUCCCUCUACAGAUUCACUCAUCUCUUCUGUUCCUCCUUGUAGUUAAUGAAGCUUACAUUUUCCCUGGAAUGGAUUGACAAUGCCUUACGUCUGUAAUGCCGUCAUCUCUGUAUCAUAACAAUACUUGCUACCGGCAUGUUUUGGCUUUUCUUUUUGUUAAACCGUGCAUACAUACAACCUCUGUAUGAACAAUUUAAAAAUAGAUGACUGACUCCCCUCUAGUUAAAAUGCUUUGGAGAUGUGAAAUCUGAAGGCAUGAAAUCUGAGAGGGUGUUUGAUAUGCCGUCUUUUUAUACAGUAUUUGUUAAUGUCUUUGAUCUUAUGAGCUGCAUGAGGAUUGGGUGGAUGAGGACAUUCCAUGUAAUUAUUUCUGUCAGUGGUGGGUGCCAGAAGGUCUGUGUGCCAAGACAGCUUGGGGGCCACUGGUGCUGAUCUUAGAAGGAGUACGUGAUGGAAUAUCCUAUGAGGCAUAGUGCACUAUAUAGGGAAUAGGGUGCCAUUUCAGAUACAAGUUGUCUUGCCUACUACUUACUAAAACUGCAUGCUGUGUACUAAUCAUACUACAUACUAUUUAGAACGUACUGUUUAGUAAAAACGACUGCAGUAAGCAAGACAUAUCAACAUACUAGGCUAAUCCAUCCUGAGAAUGCGUCAUCUAAUGUGCAUUUGCGUUGAUUCCUGCCAUUGGUUCAUUUGGGCACAGAGCCUCCCCUUUAUCAGCUGAUUGUCAGCUGUUGUCAGACAUUCUCUUUCUCUAAAGUGUGCAGAGAAUUUUACUAGAUGAAAAGCUGAAAUGUAUAUAACAUCCUGGCAUUUAAAGCAAACAAUCAACAUUUCUAAUACGAUAAAACGUUAUAUUUUCACAUAGCUAAAAUGCCUACCAUUGAGAACGUGCAGUCUGUUAGCUGUCAUGAUGAUGAAUAUAUAGAGAUGUUAUUGAGCCAUUAUGCUGACCCAUUACUUUCACUGUCCUGCCAUCCUCCUCAGAGCAUCAUGGUGGUUUGGUAUAGGGUCAGUUCCAUUUUGAUUCCCAGAACCAUUAAGGAAUUUAAUGGAAUUAUUUUGGAGAAAUUCCAUGUCCGAUUCAACUGGCGGGAACUGAUAUGGAAUGGUCCCAAACUCUGUAUGCUAUGAUACCAUGAUGGCUGUCUGCCAGGGGUUCAGACAGUGCUGUGAUACCAUGAUGGCUGUCUGCCAGGGGUUCAGACAGUGCUGUGAUACCAUGAUGGCUGUCUGCUAGGGGUUCAGACAGUGCUGUGAUACCAUGAUGGCUGUCUGCCAGGGGUUCAGACAGUGCUGUGAUACCAUGAUGGUUGUCUGCCAGGGGUUCAGACAGUGCUGUGAUACCAUGAUGGCUGUCUGCUAGGGGUUCAGACAGUGCUGUGAUACCAUGAUGGCUGUCUGCCAGGGGUUCAGACAGUGCUGUGAUACCAUGAUGGUUGUCUGCCAGGGGCUCAGACAGUGCUGUGAUACCAUGAUGGUUGUCUGCCAGGGGUUCAGGCAGUGCUGUGAUAUCAUGAUGGCUGUCUGUCAGGGGUUCAGACAGUGCUGUGAUACCAUGAUGGCUGUCUGCCAGGGGUUCAGACAGUGCUGUGAUACCAUGAUGGCUGUCUGCCAGGGGUUCAGACAGUGCUGUGAUACCAUGAUGGCUGUCUGCCAGGGCUUCAGACAGUGCUAUGAUACCAUGAUGGCUGUCUGCCAGGGGUUCAGACAGUGCUGUGAUACCAUGAAGGCUGUCUUUUUGCCUCAGUGGAUCGAUGUUAACUUUUUCUGCCCAUUCCCAAAAGCAUUUGGUGCGCGUACAGUUAGGUCCUAAAGCUUAGGCUUACGCACUAAUGCCAGAUAUCCUCAAAUAAUGAAAGAAAAACCUCAGUGUAGCCUAUAGAUAUAAAUUGCACAAGAAUUAUACAUUUUUGGAUUUUUUAAGGUAUUGUUUUCUCUUUAUUCAACCCGCCACCCACCCGCCCGGCCUUCAUCCACACAAUGUUUCAUGACCCUCAACCCACCCGCCCCGCGGAUAUAACCGCGGGGACUGCGGGUUAUGAGUCAACCCGCGCAUCACUAUCAGACAGUGGAUGUCUGGAGAAUGUGGCUCUAUCUCAAUUUGUCUUUCUGGGAUUCAGUGUAUCCCUCACCUCCUUUAACUGCAUUGGAUGAGAAUGUCAGAGGUCCGAAUAGAGAGGAUGUGAGGAGUCAAGGAAAUGCAAUUGAGAUUCUCCCAAUAUGUGUGUACGUUAUGACGUACGACCUGUGACCUGUGACGUCAUCAUGUGUUAUGUGGUUGUCCCUACAGGAGUAUGCAGAGUUCCAGUACCGGCGGAGACACAGAGAUCGUCAGCAGAGGAGACAGAGAGGGGACAUUCCCGAUCUUGACGAACCUAGCGACAGCACUUUAAGUAAUAAUGAAUCAAUAACUAAAAGAUAGAUGGAUAGAUACUAUAGCUUUUUCUAGAUGCUAAACUAGCAAUCACAGUGCUUUAAACUAGCCAUCACAGUGCUUUAAACUAGCCAUCACAGUGCUUUAAACUAGCCAUCACAGUGCUUUAAACUAGCCAUUACAGUGGGGGAAAAAAGAUUAUAUUCAGCUGAAAGACGAUGCCCAGAGCUUAUCCAUGAUGUUGCACAACGAUUUAAGUCAAUAAGUCCGAUGCGCUCAGGGUUUUGUUACAUAGCCUAUCAUUUGAGCGGCGUGCAUCAUGAACAAAGUCAUUGUAGCCUAUCAUUUCACUUCCUCUGUGAGAACCAUGAGCACAGGAUGUCUGACUUGGCUUUGCUGUACCGCUGCCAAAUAGCCUUCCAUCAGCGCCACUGUUAUUGGAUGACAAUUUCAGAAUUUUAACAGACUUCUAUCCGGAAAAUAGCUUACCAAAGGUUUAGAUAAGGUUAGCAAGCUAGCUAGCUACCCUGACCGCUGUCCGUGUCAGAGUCCUAGUGGGUAUAUUUCUCUCCAGUACACGUGGAAUUCACGGCGACGUUCAGACCCCCAAUUCCUGAAUAUGUAUUAGGCGCACUAGAGGUCUUCAUUGGUCCAAAAAUGUGGACCUGUUCCGAAAUGGAUCCGUGGCUUUCCCACCCGACCCGAUAUUCAUGAAUACAUUUUCAAAAAAUGGAGACCCGUUCCGAAUGGACCCAAGGGCAGUCAGACCCGUUCCGAAAAGGCCCAUGGGAAAAACCAACCCAAACAGACCCGUUCUGGUUCGGAUCCGAGACCCGUUCAGAUACCAGAGUAGAGAGAGAGAAAUAAACCUCCAGCUGGUCGCUGCCAGCGCCAUCAAUAAACAAGCCAUAUUGGCCAAAUGAUCCACUGUUAUGUGUCCUUAAAAACUGCCUAUAACAAAUUGCAGCAAAAAAACUAUUUGUUGUGUUUCGAUCUGUAGCAUAUUAAAAACUUUAUAGUCUAUUGUUUUAUUGGUUUUUUAACUUCCUAAAACAAUAAUUGUCCACCUCGCGGGUUCAGCUGUUGGAGAUUUGAGCACUAAAUGCAUCAGGGCAUUGCAUGCAUAGGCCUAUAGGCUUCGGUGUCCUCUGUAUAAUAUUAAUAUUAAAUCAACAUAAAGGAAGAGAAGCUUUUAGUUCGAGCCCUAGAGAGAAAGAAAGUGAUAUGCCGGAACCAUGUUCCCGACACCGACAUGAAUGUCUUUAUUCUUGUCAGAUAGGCUAACAGCUGCUAUACAGAUACAGGCGUACAGGAGGCUAAUUUGUAAAUCGAUCAGAAUAUAUAUUUAUAAAAAUAAGCAUUAUUGUUAGAUUAAAAGAGUAACUGUGGCCUAAAACAUUCUUCCUCAUCUAAAGUUCAACUGUCGGAGUCAGUUGGAGUGCUGGUGCGUUCUGCCUUCGUAGGCCUGCUGUAGCUAAGCCUAAUAAUAGCCACACCAAUCCUUCACAAAAGUUUCUUAACUUUAUUAGGGUAAUAAUCAAUAUCACACAGUCCAUUUGGCCGCACCAGCGUUCUUCUCGUCUUUGUUCACUUGUCCCCGAGGACAUUCCCCUGUAGCUCAGUUGGUAGAGCAUGGCGCUUGCAACGCCAGGGUUGUGGGUUUGUUUCCCACGGGGGGCCAGUAUGAAAAUGUAUGCACUCACUAACUGUAAGUCGCUCUGGAUAAGAGCGUCUGCUAAAAUGACUAAAAUGUAAAAUGUAAUUCCCCUUCUCAGCUUCUCGUCAGCAUACUCUUUCUCCUCUGUCAUUUUACUUCAAUAAAAAAAGGCCUCCAUCUUCGCAAUCAACAGUAGCCUGGCAAAGGCUCCUUUCAGUCACUCUCUCUCUCCUUGUCCUCAGCAGGCGCACGUGAGGUGAGCAGCUGGAACCAGUUUCAGCUGGACAUAAGCGAUAUGUUUUAUUGAGUUGCAAUAGGCUGAAACGGAUAACAAGCUCGCUCAGUUCUCAUAACGUUUACAUGACAUAACCUCACACAUGUUAAAUUAACAGAGGACGGGUCCAGUUAGUAAAUCUACUUUAAUUGCACAUACCCGAGACCCGUGGCAAUUAUAUCAGACCCGAUCCGGACCCACUCAGGUCCCGGGUAGGAUCUCGGAAUUUCAACCUGUUGGACCCGUGAAGACCUCUAGUUCGCACCCCCAAUUCCUGAAUAUGUAUUAGGAGCCUAGGUCAUUAUUCGGAGGUGGAACUAAACAGGCAUUUCUGCUCUAGGACAGGAAUUCCAUUGAAAUAGGGGCGGCCCUGUGGGUGUGGCUUUAAACAAGCCAUCACACUGCCAACUCACAUCAUCUCACUACUAAUGUGUAGCACUCACUGUAUGUGUUUGCAGGUAUCUGUCUACCUGGUAUUUCUAUAGGAUAUCCAGCUAUGACUGUAUGUGUUUUCAGGUAUCUGUCUACCUGGUAUUUCUAUAGGAUAUCCAGCUAUGACUGUAUGUGUUUGCAGGUAUCUGUCUACCUGAUAUUUCUAUAGGAUAUCCAGCUAUGACUGUAUGUGUUUUCAGGUAUCUGUCUACAUGGUAUUUCUAUAGGAUAUCCAGCUAUGACUGUAUGUGUUUUCAGGUAUCUGUCUACCUGGUAUUUCUAUAGGAUAUCCAGCUAUGACUGUAUGUGUUUGCAGGUAUCUGUCUACCUGGUAUUUCUAUAGGAUAUCCAGCUAUGACUAUGUGUUUCCAGGUAUCUGUCUACCUGGUAUUUCUAUAGGAUAUCCAGCUAUGACUGUAUGUGUUUGCAGGUAUCUGUCUACCUGGUAUUUCUAUAGGAUAUCCAGCUAUGACUGUAUGUGUUUGCAGGUAUCUGUCUACCUGGUAUUUCUAUAGGAUAUCCAGCUAUGACUGUAUGUGUUUGCAGGUAUCUGUCUACCUGGUAUUUCUAUAGUAUAUCCAGCUAUGACUGUAUGUUUCCUAUACGUUUCCUAAAAGGCUGAUGUGUUUUUGUCCCCAUUAAUGGGUCAGUGUUUUCACCACAUGAAUGACUGCUUUCCUGGAAAAGGUAACAUAGGAAUAAUAGCUAGCUUUUCCUUUGCUGGGAAGGCCUUGAAUGGUUUGAGCUCUGAGUUUGUCAGUGUGAUUGUUCUGUUACAUUGACUGACUGGGUUUUUAUUCAUGAACAGACACACAGGAAAUUGGAGGUGGUCGAAGACACGGUCCCCCCAUGGUGAGUUCAGUGUUUUCAUGUCGUCUGUGUAUUCGUCUUCCUCCCUGCCAACGAUUUAUCUCUUAUUAUAUAAGCCAGAUAGUUUAUUGACAAAAUACAUUUCGGGACCAAUGUCAAGUUCAGACUUGCCGGUAUAAAAUUGUUUUAUUUCUUACUUUUGAUAACAUUUUCUUUACUGUCUGUCUUCACACAAAUGUAUCUUACGUCAUAACAACACCUUACAAGACAUAGAAACAGCACCAAUAGGUUUAAACAGACUAAAUAUUUAUAUUCUACAAGACCUUCGUCCCUCUUUCCACAUGAAAUGCAUACUUUCCCCCAUCGUUAUGUUUGUGUUACAGGGCUUGGGCUCAUUGGAUGAGGACGAUCCCAACAUCCUGUUGGCUAUCCAGCUGUCACUCCAAGAGUCUGGGUUGGCGAUGGGCGGGGACACUCCAGACUUCUUGUCCAAUGAGGCGUCCCUGGGGGCCAUCGGCACCUCCCUCCCCUCCAGACUGGACGCGGGGCCCCAGGGGGUGGAGGUGGGGCCCCGGGGAGCCAUCAGCAGCUCAGAGCUCCUGGAGCUGGGGGAUAGUCUCAUGAGACUAGGCAACAUGAGGACCAUCAGCAGCCAGCACCAGUAUGAAGGGUCUCCAGGGGUCCAGGCCCCACACCAGCACUACAGCAACCACAAUCUCAACCCAUUCAGGGAGCCUUCUUCAGGUGGGGCUCUAUUCUCAUCAUCCAGUGAUACUACGGACUCCACUACCACCACCUCAACAGGGCUCCAGGACCCCUCACACCCCAACACUAACCUGCUGGGCAACAUCAUGGCCUGGUUCCAUGACAUGAACCCUCAGAGCAUCACCCUCAUCCCCUCCACCACCACCACCACCUCCUCAGACACAGACCUAGACUUCAACACAGCAGCACAGACCACAGCCAGCACUAACCUCCACCAGCCCCAUGCCAAGCCCCAGGGGGGUGAGGGCGAGCUGGGGGAAGAUGGGGACUGUUUCCCCUUCCUUUCCCAGGGCCUGGAGGAGAUGGAGGCUGAGAGGGAGAGGCCCACCCAGCUAGACCUGGUGGUGGGGUUGGAGGCCAUGGCCCCGCCCUGCAUGGUGACUUCCGGGACAGGGGACCGGGGCGGGGAGAGGCUCGGUGGGGGUAACGUCGUUCACGUUGACACACCCAUGUGUGACUCUGUGACCUCUGACCUUCUGCCGAGCACCAGCUCUUCAGAGUGGGAGGAGCAGAUACACCUGGUC